UUCUUUUUUACUCCUUUUUCAUUUCCUGCUAUUGCUAAUAUUGGGCGUGUAUAUCUACUUAAAAUAUAUUUACUCAAUAAAUCCCAUGAACACUGCCGUUUAGUUUUACUGUCUUGUUUGAGAAAAUCUAGAAUGGGAUUGACUAAACAUAUUGUAUACACAUAUACACACACACACAGAUAUUACUGACAUCAUAAUUGUCCUAUUCACUCAACUGAUGGCAAAAAUCAUUUUUAAAAGCUGGAAACAAAAUGUAAGAAUGACUAUACUAAAAUGGCAAAAAUCAUAAAACCUGUUUCGCAUUAAUAUGACACCAAUGUCAAUUACAAAUUUUUUAAUAAUGGAGGAGAAAGGGAAAUAGACAGGAAUCUCAUAAUAGACACUCCAGAGCCCUCUGAUAGGAAGAAUAUUUUAUCCUAAUUUUUAAUAAAGUUAGCUGGUAAUUAAAUGGUUCAGUAUAUACCAGAAAGGACUGCAGAAAAACACAUUCACAAAUCAUCUGUUACAUGUGUGAACCAGGAAGAAUGGUUUCCAGUGAUAAAAGGGCUUCAUAAGACAUGAAUUUAAUUUAAAUGGUUAGACUGGACACUGAAAACCUGGUGAGACACUCAUACACAAAGUGACUGGAUAUAAGCACCUAUUUUUUUUUAAAUAUUUAGAAAGUAAGGGCACAACUCUGGAGCUUAACAUAUUUCAACAGUAUUUCAGCCCAGAGCUUCAUUUUACGAGGCAUCAAGCCUUCCCAAGCCCAAAUAAUUCCCUAAGUACCUUAGAUGAAUUUUCUACAAGCAACGAAGGAUCAAUUUUAAGUGCAACAUUCUGCUUGCCAAAACAUCAGCCCAACAGGAACUUUCAAAGGGGCAAGUUCAAGUGGAGACUUCUGACUCUAUAGAGGAAGCUGGAAAGAGCAAGCUCUUCAGGCAAGCAUUAGGAGCCAGGAACAGAGAAGAAAGGAGGGAUGACAACCUCUAAAGAGAACUCGGCUUCCUUGAGGAUUGUUUCAAACAGGAGAGUGAGAAAUACUUGCAAUAAACAGCUAGACUCUACCUCCAGUGUUCCUCUACUGUGAAAGACGCUUUAGCAGCCCCAGUGGUUGCAGCCAGCAUGAACUCAACAAAUGUCAGAAGGCAUUUCCUAAGAGAACUUUCGCACAGAAAAUAAAGGAAAGUCUGGUCUCUGCUUUCCAUGCAAGGUCAACGUAUAAAUAACAGAGCGCAAUUAACGUGAUGAAGUAGGUAUGGAGUGCCAGCCUCUAUUCUUGUUUCUACGACAAAGUUCCACUUGCUCAAGCAAGUGUUAGCCCAACUUGUGCCAAGCACUAUACUAAGUACUGAAGAUACAAAGAGGAAUAAAUCAUUAUCACUGAAAAACAACUUGCCUUUUUCUAGGAAAUUCGAAAAUUCCACUCCUAGGAACAUACACCUCAGAGAUACUUCUGCACCUUUCCAGCAGAAGACAUAUGGAAACAUUGUUCAUUAUAGCCCCAGAAGGAAACAACUAAGUGUCUAUCAGCAAAAGAAAAGAUAAAUAAGUUCUGCUAUAUUCCCAACCAUCCUUUAUAAUGUUGAAAGCCAUCUCUGUAUACCAGGCUCCACUAAUCCCUUUCCACUCUUACUUUCUGCGUAACAAUUCAUAAUGGCUAAUGUAUGAAUAUUGUAAUAAUUUUGUUUAACAUCUGUGUCUCCACCUGGAACUUAAGUCCCAUUAAGGCAGGGCUCACCUUAUUUACUUCUGUGUCUGUCCUCAGAACCUGAAACAGUGUCUGGCACAUGGAAAGAAUGCAAUAAAUAUGUGUGAAAGGAAGAGAGAAGGAAGAGGGAAGGAGGAGGGGAAAGGGAUGAAGGGAGGGAGGAGCAGAAGAAGGGAUGGAGAGAGAAACUGAGGGAGAGAGAUACAGGAAAGGAAGAAGACAGACAAGCAAGAAAAGUAAUGAAAAUGAAAGAACUAUAGCUACAGGCUUCAACAUGGGCAAUUCUCAUGAAUAUAAUGCCAACUAAAAAAAGUGAGGUAUAAAAUAAUACAUCAUGAUAUUGAGCACCUUUUCAUACACCUGUUGGCCAUUUUUCUGUUUUCUUUGGACAAAUGUUUAGGUCACUUGCUGAUUUUAUAAACAGGUUUUUUUUUGCCAUUGAGUUACAUAAGUUCCUUAUAUAUUUUGGAUAUCAAUCCUUUAUCUGACAUAAUGUCUGCAAAUAUUUUCUCCCAUUCCAUUGGCUGUCUUCUCCUUUUGUUGACUGCUUCCUUUGGUGUGCACAGCUUUUUAGUUUGAUGUAACCUCACUGUUUAUUCUUCCUUUUAUUGCCUGUGCUUUGGAAGUCAUAUCCAUGAAAUCAUUGCUGGAGCCAAUAUCAAGGAGAUUUUCCCCUAUAUUUUAUUCUAAGAAUGUUACAUUUUCACAUCUUAAAUUUAACUCUUUAAUCCAUUCUGAACUGAUGUAUGGUGUAAGAUAAGGCCCAGAUUCAUUCUUUUGCAGGUUAAUAUCCAGUUUUCCCAGUACCAUUUAUUGAAGAGACUAUUCUUAUCUGCAUUAUAUUUUUUUGGUGGCCUUAUUCAAGAUUAGUUGACUGGUUAGGCUUGGAUUUAUUUCUAGGCUCUAUUAUAUUCCAUUGGCUUAUGUAUCUGUUUUUAUGCUAGUACCAUACUAUUUUGAUUACUUUUGCCUUGUAGUAUAAUUUGAAAUCAAGAAAUGUGAUGCCUCCAACUUUAUUUUUCUUUCUCAAGGUUGUUUUGGCUACUUGGGAUCUUUUGUGAUCAGUCAAAUGCAAAUGAAAACUGCAAUGAGAUACCAUCUCAUGCCUGUUAGGAUGGCUGUUAUCAAAAAGGUAUAAGUAUUGGUGAGGGUGAGAAGUAAAGGGAACCUCUGUACAGUCUUGGUGGGAAUACAGAUUGGUGCAGCCACUGUAAAAAAUUGCAUGGUGAUUCCUAAAGAAAUUUAAAAUAGGACUACUACAUGACACAGUAGUCCCUGCUGGGUAUAUACCCAAAGGAAAUGAAAUCACCUCCUAGUAAAGAUAUUUGCAUUCCUAUGUUCAUUGCAGCAUUAUUGACAAUAGCCAAAAUACGGAAACAACCUAAAUAUCCAUCAAUGGAUGAAUGCAUAAAGAUGUGGUAUGCAUUUAUACAAUGGAAUAUGAUUCAGCCUUAAAAAAGGAGAUCCUGACAUUUGCAACAACAUGUAUGAAUCCAGAGGACAUUAUUUAAAUGAAAUAACCCAUACAGAGAGAGAUAAAUACUGCAUGAUCUCACUUAUAUGUGGAAUCUUAAAAAUAAUAAUACAUAGCAACACAGAGUAGAAACAUGGUUAACAAAAGUGGAGGAAGAAGGAAUAGACAGAGGUCAAGAGGUACAAAGAUGCAGUUACAGCAGAUGAAGUCUAGAGAUCUAACCACAGUAUGUGGACUACAGUUAAUAAUAUUGUAUUGUAUAAUGAAACUGCUAAGAAACUCUUUACUUCAGAACUCCUUAGAUCUUUUAUCUUAACUCUUUACUUUAAAACUUUGUUUUAGAAAUUCUUUCCACAAAAAAGGGAAAUAUGUGAGAUGACAGAUAUGUUAAUUUGCUUGACCCUAGUAAUCACUACACUAUGUAUACACAUAUAAUAAAACAUCACAUUGUACAGCUUAAAUAUAUAUAAAAUUCUUUGAUAACCAAAAAGAAGACAGUAUGAGUCAAUUUGCAUUAGACUCCAAACCUGCAACAUUAAUAUUAUAAUACAUAUGUAAGUAGCAAAACUGGAAUGAGCACAACAAAAUCAUGAUGGAGACGUCCCAGCAGGGACAAUGAAAUUGCAGAAGAACAGAGGGAAGUUGAAAGAGACUGGUAACAUUCCAUUCUUUAAGCUGGGUCAUGGGCAUACAGUUUUGCACUUUAUUAUUAUUGCUCAUACUUCAUAUGUGUAAUAAACAUGCUUCUGAAUUUCAUAAUUCACUUAAGGAGUUCAUUAUCUGGUCGGGAAGUUGCACCUGAAAAGAGAUUAAUUCAGCACCUAGGAAAGAACUCUUGAGACAGAGACACAUGCAUGAGCUGUUGUUGGGAGCCCAGGAGGCUGGUCAAUCUGGAACCAUUUGUAGUUCUGCAUUCAGAACUUCCUCCUUUUUGCAGUGGUUGAGGGAACUGGUUUCCAAGCAUCACUUGAUUUAUGUAUUUUUUAACUUAUGGUUCACUGGCUACUGUCAAUUAUCAAGAUAAGCAUUUUAACUAACUAUUAUAGCAUUUUUAAAAGAAAUCUCACCCUACUUAAGCAGAAUCAGUAAGGUCAAGAGGAAUCAGCACGGAUAAGAAGAAAUAUUAAGUAUUAUUAAGGUCAUUUGGGUAGAUGCUAUUAAGGAUCAACUGCCUAUAACUGUAUGGAUCAAUCUGUUCUCAAAGUUUGUUUACUGCAUGUUCAUUCAUUAUGCAUUCACAAAGUAUUAUUGAGUAAAAACAAUAUGCGAGAUAUUGUCUAGGUCCAAGGGAAGGUACAAAUAUUUGUAAGAUGCCUUCAAUGUGCUUAUAAUGCUAGUGUUGAGGCAUGUACCUAACAAUCAUGUCGUAAGUGUAGGUGCCAGGGAUACCUUCAAACAAUGAAAGUGAUUGCGUGUAACUGGAUUCUGCAUGAAUUCACAACGAGUAGAGAUAGUUCAUUCCCAAGCAAAGUAAAAAGAAACACAUAACACUUAAUGCGCAUUGCUAAAUGGUGCCUUGCAUUACACUAUUCAGUACUGAUUCUGAUUCUUAACAUCAAUGCAUAGAGUAAUCAAUCAUGCCUCCAGGCGUUUUAUUGCCAAAGCAAUUACGCACAUGCUACAAAUCUUUGCCCUAACUCCACUAAUCUUCUUUGUCUUCUUUUUUGUUUGUUUUACAGAUGUUUUGCUUCAUCAAAUAUGAGGUAUAUUCUCACCUAUUAGGAACUUGGCAAAAUAACUUUUUUUGUCCCUUGUUCAUCGAACAUGUGGAAAACCAGUCCAUAGAAUAGCGAAAAUGGUCUUCUAUAAGAGAUUUUAGGAUCGUUUCUAGAGAAUAAUACUCAGGGCAAGUCACAUCGGUUCUCUGAUGCCAUUUCUCCAUUUAUAAAUUAUAAAUGCAGUAUAAGGAAAUUAUACUACAUGUUCAGGGACCUUUUUAAACAAAACACACACACACUCACACAGAUACAUGUGCACAUCCAUAUAUAUGCACACAGUUGUGAGAUUCUAUCACGUUAUUAUUUUUCCUUGUGAGCUCCAUGACUCUUAGGCUUCAAAUGGUUAUGUUAUCUGAAUGGGACCAUAACUCUUUCACAAUCUGACUUUAAACUGAAUGGAAUUGGUUGAAGGGUUGGUUUCCAGUUAUCAGACAUGUGUCUCCUUUUGACAGUCUCUAGGAAAUGCUUCAUGUCUUCCUGAUAAGUCCUUAGUUUCCAUCUUUUAUGUUCCUGUGCAUUCUUCUCCCCAAAAUGCAACUGACUUCUUAUACAGUGUCUAAACAAACAAACGUACUACUACUGUUAGUGGUAAUAAUGGUUCAUAUUGAUUGUGUACUUACUCUCUGCCAGGCACCGUCUUUGGUACAUUACUUGUAUUAACUCAUUUGAUUCCUGUCAUGACCCAUGAUGAGCUAAGUACCUUGUGGAGAUCACAUGGCUCCCAUAGAAAGCACCAGGGAUUUGACACUAACAGCUCAGCUACAGAGUGCAUGCUCCUGGCUUACCAUGACAACUGCCAGAACUCUGGAUGCUUUCAUGGGCACACAUAAAUUUGAUUCAUGAGACUCCAUAGAAUAGACAAGCAACCUCAGUACGAGAGGAGAAAAUAAUUCUCUAUAAAAUGAAUCUUACUUGGACACUGUUCAAUGUGGGUUUAAUUUCAAAUAUCCAAAAGGCUUCAUAUGUGGCCUCACCUACAAGAAGUUGCCAUUGCUUGGAUUUUGAAGCGCAGCUCCAGUUUAUUUAGGAACCUCAGGUUUAUUUUUGAAUCUAGAGGCAGAGAACUGCCCUAUUUCCAAAGUAAAUCCCUUGGGAACAGUGAGCUGGGUACUCAGAAACCACAUAUGCCAUUUAGAGUCAAAUGUGGCCUGGCACCUGUGUGAUUCCUUUGGCUGGCUCCCCUUGGCCCAGCAGCAAUAAAUGACAGGCAUGGGCCAGAAUCCAUGCCCUGUGCUCUAAGGUUUGAAAGAGAAAUUGGGCUUGAGUGAUGAUUCUUUCUGUGUUAAAGAAAAGGGAAGUGAAGAUUAAUCCUCUUGGAAAGCAAAGGAAAAAUCAACCCAAUCCCCUCUGGCUCCAAAGGAGAACAGCUAAGGCCCUGCAAACCGCUCAUGGUGCUGUUAAUAAGAUCAUCACUGAGUAAAAUAUUCCACUGUGGUUUCUUUUCCUUUGUAUUUCUUUCUUUUUAAAAAUUUUGGUAAAAUAUAUAUAUAUAACAAAACAUGUGAUUCUAGCCAUUUUUAUGUGUAGAAUCCAGUGGUAUUCAUUACAUUCACAAAAUUAUGCAAGAUCACCAUCAUUUCCAAAAUUUGCCGUCACCCCAAACAGAAGCUCUAUAUUCGUAAACCAAUAACUUUCCUUCUCCCCUUCCACUUAGCUCCUGGCAACUUGUAUCUACUUUUUGUCUCUAUGAAUUUGCCUAUUUUGGGUACUUCCUAUAAGUGAAGUCAUACAAUUUGUGUCACAUUAAGAUUUUUAUGAUAAUCUACUCAUAGCACAAUUAAAUACAAACACUAUUCACCAGGUGGUCAGAGAGCAGUGAGAACUGAGGAGGACCCCAGUUCUCUCCCACUGCCUUACCACCAGGAAGUCAUCUCACCCCCCAGGGGUCCCUGGGUUUCCACUGAUCCAACAGGAAGAGCAAUCCCAAGAGCCUGCUCCACUAGGCUGAAAUACAAGGCUCUCUGGCAACUUUCCUUCAUUUAUCUCUGCAGUCUUCAGGCCUCCUUACCCUUCACAAAGCAGGCCAAACAACUCUUAUGUCCAAAGCACUAAUGGAGCAGCUAAUAUCAAGUAAAAUAAGGCUCUUUUUUAUGAAACAGUGUAAUGGGGUCACUGUAACAUCUUCAUUAGCCUUACACAUCUUACUUUUAGAAGCCUUAUGCCAUAAGAUAUCACAUUAGAAUGAUGCACGGCUCACUUUAAAUAUAAUUAUAUGCAAAUGUUACUACAUGAGUUGAGGAUACAGUUUGGAGACUCUUAAACAUUCAUUAAUUAUAAUAUUACAGUCUCACUUCUGUAUUUAACAUUUUUGUAGGGCUUAGCAGCAAGGCCAAUAAAGCCUAAUAAACACAAGGUCCUUGUGCAUGAAUGUAUUUCAGGUUGAAUUAACAAUCUGGCUCCACCGGGCACGGUGGCUCAUGCCUGUAAUCCCAGCACUUUGGGAGGCCAAGGCAGGGGGAUCACGAGGUCAGGAGAUCGAGACCAUCCUGGCUAACAUGGUGAAACCCCGUCUCUACUAAAAAUACAAAAAAAUUAGCCGGGCGUGGUGGCAGGCGCCUGUAGUCCCAGCUACUUGGGAGGCUGAGGCAGGAGAAUUCCAUGAACCCAGGAGGCGGAGCUUGCAGUGAGCCGAGAUCGCGCCGCUGCACUCCAGCCUGGGCGACAGAGUGAGACUCCAUCUCAAAAAAAACAAACAAACAAAAAAACAAACACAAUCUGGCUCCUUUAGUCACUUCUCACCUUGAUUAUUGGUUCUGGCUUUAAAACACCACUUAAACUCUAGCUCUAAACAAAAAAGAUAGUGGCUGUCCUUGAUAUCAUCAAGAUCAGAGAAAGUUCCAAAACCAGGUGAAUAAAUAUACCUUACUUCCUUUUUUAUUUGCCACAGUCAAAAAAUGCCAAUAUUCUCAGCUUAUGAUUUAUUAAGAGUGGCACAGUGAUGAAAAUAGAAGACGAAGAGGAGUCUAAAAAUUGAUUGAAUUAAAUAUAAAUUAUUAAUUCUGAGUACUCCCAUAUAUGUAUGUUAUGACAGUAGUAAAUACAGCAUUAAUUAUCCUUUCUGUUCUACUAUUCUGGAUUCAUCUCAAACCUCGUAUUAUGGUUAAUUCUAUGGUCAACUUGACUGGAUCACGGGAUGCCCAGAUAGCUGGUAAAACUUUAUUUCUGGGCAUGUCUUUGAGGGUGUUCCCGGAAAAGAUCAGCAUUUGAAUUGGUGACUGAGUAAAGCAGGUGACCCUCCUCAUGUGGGUGGGUGCCAUCCAGCUGGGGGAGUGCCUGAAACGAACAAAAGGGAGAAGACUGAACUGAAUUCUCACUCUAUGCCUGGCUGCCUGGGCUCAGACACACACGUCUUCUCCUGCCCUUGGACUGGGAAUUACACCAUUAGGACUCCUGGUUCUCAGGCCUUUGACUUACACAACCAGCUUUCCGGGGCCUCCAACUCCCAGAUGGCAGACUGUGAGACUUCCCAGCCUCCACAGUCACAUGAGCCAACACCUCAGAGUAAAGCUCCUUCUAUAUGUCGAUCAAUGGAUCAAUAGAUAGAUAGAUAGGUAGAUAGAUGAUAGAUAAUAGAUGAAGAUAGAUAAUGAUAAAUGAUAAAUAAUAGAUGAUAGAUAAUAGAUGAUAGACUGAUAGAUAAUAGAUGAUAGAUGAUAAAUAGAUGAUAGACAGAUAGAUAGAUAGAUAGAUAGAUAGAUGAUAGACAGAUGAUAGGUAGUUAGACAGAUGACAGAUAGAUAGAUGGAUCCUACUUGUUGUUUCUCUGGAGAACCCUGACUAAAACGCCUAGAGAUUAUAUUAUAUCAAGUACAAAGGAAUCUCCCUUUCUGUGGGCACUGUUGUGUCUAUCUUUCAUCUGUCUAUCACCUAUCUAUCUAUCUAUCUCAUCUACCCUUCUCCACUAACCAAUCCCCAAUUUUGUCAGGUACCAGAAGAUAGCUCUUAUCUUAAGACUGUGACAGACCUAACCAGAGGACUGCAAUGGGACAAAGGAGAAUGGAGGUGCAGGGUUUGGAGAACAAUAUUUUCUUCUUGAAAAAAAGGGUAUAAAAUUUCCUUUCCUGACUCUCUCCUGAACACAAUUGUGUGACAACAACUGUGUCUAAGGGGCAAAGCCAAGAAAAUCAUGGAGGGACCUACACCUUCAGCCAGGCAACAACUGUGCUGCCACUGCCCAACCCAGGAUGCUGGGUAAGGUCCCCAGAAAAGCCCCACUGUGUUAAAGACUGCGAGCCCAACUACUGCUCGUAGCCAAAGUGAUCCCACCUGUUCCACAGCUACUGGCUUUGAUGACUGCUUCCCAUACACCCACACCAUUAGACAGCUGUGCUUUUGCUGUAUGGCCGGGCCUACAACACAGGCCUUUGAUUUCUAAGAAACAUGAGAGGCCUCUGUACCAGAAGUAAGAAACUGGUAUUUUUCCUUUAGCUGGAUGUUCUGUGGGGUGUGUGUGUGUCUGUCUGUAUGUGUGUCUGUGCGUGCACACACGUGUGAGCUUGUGUGUUUAACUUUCAGAAGAACCAGUGGAAAGUUUAUUUACUAUAAGUUAAAUUUGGAUGAAUGGAAAACAUUCUGUUGUCAAUAUUCCAGAGUCUGACACCCUCACAAACAACAAUACAAGGAGAAUAUAUUUUGAAACGCCUAUGCUGUCCAAUUGCUUUGAGUCAUAUUUAAGCUAAAACAAUACUCAUUUUCACCAAGGACUUACAUAUUUCACAGCGUGACUCUUUUUCUCUAAAUGUGCUUUACUGACUCAACUUCCCCUUUAAGAACACCUGCUAGGCACCAGAUACUUUUGCGUGCAUUUGUUCAUAUUCCUCUUUAUCAUCUUCCUACAGAUGAGUGAAAGGGGAUGAAAUGAUGUCAAACAUCUUCCCCAUGACAGUCUCACUCAGAUCACAAUUAGAAUCUGAUCCCAGGAAUUCUAACCCAGUGCUCUUCCACCUUGAAUAUGCAGAUGGGUCAGCUGGAGGUCUGGUAGAAAUGCUGAUUCUGACCCACCUGUUGUCAGGUGGGGUCUGAGGCUCUCCCUUUGUAAAGAACUCUCAGGCAAGGCUGACAUUUUAUUUGCAACUACAAUGUUUAGAGUUAGCCAAAUUUUUUCAGCAAAUUAUCUUUCUUUUAUUCUCAGUUUUCUCAUCUGACAAAAGGGAUAUAAAAACAGAACAGUACCUACACUUCACUGGGCUGUUUUGAGGUCUAAUGACUUAAAGCAUUUAAAUACAUUUAGAAUGACUGGCAAAUAAGGAGUGUUUACAAUUGGUAGUUAUGACUGUUCUAAAUCGAAGCACAAGUUUUACUGGGGACUUCAAUGUUCACCAGUGAAUUAGACAGGGAUCUGCUUGAAUUGGGGAGACAUAUAGUGAGGAAGGAUAUAAAGACCAUGGACUUCCCAUUCCAGCUCUGCUACCUAAGAAUCCCAUGACCUUGAGACAGAAUAUGCCUCAGGGAUGGCUGCUCACCCAAGCCUACCACCUCAACAAACCCAUUCUCAAGAUGGGAACCAGGAGGCUCUGGCCCCCUCAGGGCAGACUGGAUAUGGAGUGGGUCUGGGAUGGACACCUAAUAGGCAGAAAUGAUUCAGAGGCAAUAUCAAGCCAAUUCUCUCUCUCUCCCAGGAAUUGAAUCGGACGAUAACUUUUCUGCCCUUUUCCUGGUGACUCUUGGAUCAGUGGCUCCUUUGAAAGUAAUUGGGCUUUAAGGCCAUUUCAACCAAGCAAAAUUGUGAAGACAAACAUAAAGAAACAAAGAUAAGAGUCCCACCCACUAAGGAAGACAAAGAGCUGAAGAACAAGAGCAGAGAGAAAGGACAGAAAGAGACACACUAAGCCUCCCUCCAGGUGGCUGAGAGAUUUUUUGUCUUGGUUCAAGUCCUUUGUAAGGCUUAGCUAUAAUUCCUACCCUUGCAUUCUGCAUAAUUACCCUGUGUACUUUUUUCCUUUGCUUUGGAUUUUUUAUAUUUACAACUAAACAAUGCAUGUCUAAGAAACCUGAGUGUUGAGUGAACCUCUUUAAGCCUCAGCUUGCUCAUCUGUAAAACAGAGAUUUAUUCAUUUGUUAAUAAAGACCUACUGAGUGCUUGCUAUUUGCGAAGCACUAGCUAGAUAGUAGGAAAACACUGGUUAGAAAUUCCUGAUAGUAUCCCUACCUUCAUGGAGCUUCUGGUCAAGUAGAAGAUAUAAGCCUUAAUGAAUAAAUUAAUCCUAAGAAUAAAUGUAAAAUUACAACUUGGGUAAGUAACUGGAGAAGUUGAAGAUACAGUAAGAACAUAUUCAAGAGGUAAUGACUUAACAUUAAAUCUAAGAGGGAAUCUAAGUAGAGGCCAACAAGGCAAAGAGGGAAGAGAAAAAGCAUUCUCGACAAAGAGCGGAUCAUUUGCAAAGACUCCUAGGAGAGAAGGCACAUGGUACAUAAGACAAGUGGGCCAGGGUGUUGCAGAGAGAAGGGAAACCACGAUAGGCAAUGAAGCUGGACAAGACGGCUGGGGUCAAAAUGACCAGGGAUGUGUGGGUCAGACUUGAUUAUUUUGUUUUUUGGGGGUUUUGUUUGGUUGUUUGUUUUGACACAGAGUCUCACUCUGUCGCCAGGCUGGAGUGCAGUGGCACGAUCUUGGCUCACUGCAACCUCCACCUCCAGGGUUCUAGCGAUUCUCCUGCCUCAGCCUGAGUAGCUGGGACUAUAGGUGCCCGCCGUCACGCCUGGCUAAUUUUUGUAUUUUUAGUAGAGAUAAGGUUUUCACCAUGUUAGCCAGGAUGGUCUUCAUCUCUUGACCUCGUGAUCUUCCCACCUCAGCCUCCCAAAGUGCUGGGAUUAUAGGCGUGAGACAUCGCGCCUGGCCAGGAUUAAUUAUUUUAAUCAUUAUGGUACUUAUCCUAAGAUCGGUGAUGAGUUUUAAAUAAAAAGGCGUCAUAGUCAGAUCUGCCUUUGAAAACAUCAUGCCUGCCACACUGUGGAAAAUGAACUGUGGGAGGCAAGAGUGGAGAUGAGUGGAUCAGGCAGAAGGUGGCUGCAAAGGCCCAGGGCCUGAAGACCAGAUACAGAGGAGAAAAAUAUGAGUCUGAUUUAGGAUGUACUGAGUGAGUUGUCUCUGAAAUGGCCAGGAUGAGACUGAUAUCUUGAGUGUAUGAGGAUAAAACCCAUUGGGGAAAUCUAGGCCAUGGAUACAAAUGUGUGAGUCAAUGAGACCAAUUUGUAGCCUUCCUGAAAGACAUGAGAACAGGUGAGUUUUUCAAGGGAGAGAUGAUGGCAUGAAAAGAAAAGGGUCAGUGACUUGCACAGAGAAUAUAAGCCAUAAGACAGGCAGACGCAAGACCAGGAGACUGUUGUGUCAUGGGCCAGAGGAUAAAAGUAUUUCUACCAGGACAGGAAGAAGUGGCCAAUAGCAUUCAUCAAAUGAGAUGGUAAAUGAUGAAAUUAAACUGAAUAUCUGACAAAACUCCUCUAAGACAAUGUAUAGCAUAGUGUAGCAUACCCUGAAAAAAUGAUGAUUACUGUUAUUAAUGGCUCACAAACUUUUGUGGACAUCAAACUAAACAAUCUGUAUGUCAGAGUGCCUGACAAGAAGACCUUCAACAAAUGUAAGUAGUAAUCAUUCUUCCCUUUGGAAAACGGGAUGCAUUGUUUUAUGUUUAUAAAUUCCUCCAAAACCAUGAAAUACACAAGACCAUAUAAGAACAAGAAGACAGAAGAGAAUGGAAGGAAAGGGACUCUUUAAAAGUAAGAAGGGUGUUUCCUGGAGACAUAAGUCAAGAGUAAACUGGACUUGUGAGCUUCUCCCAGUGUCAGCCUAUGACAGAAGCAGAGAUAGAUCAAAAGCACCGUAUCCACACACAUAUUCAGAAACAGAUAUACACAAAAAUAUAACACCACUUCCAGAUACAGAAACAAUGAAGAGGCAUAAAAUGGAUUUUUUGGAAAAAAUUCCUUAACAUGUUUUAUAAAUUUCUAAAGGUUUAUCCCAUAUCAAAAACAGUUAAAAUUAUUUAAAUAAAUGAAUAAAGAUCCACAGGAGUCCCAACCAGGAGUGUCCAUCUCCAUGCUGCCAUGAAGACACAGUGUGAGACGGGCUGUCACUGAAUGACGCCAGGGACUCGUUUCCUCUUGUGCCUGCUAAAAAUCCCUUGCAAGUCUGAAAGAGGAAAAUUCUUGCUCUUGAUAAUAUCCCACAUAAUAAUACACUACAGACCCCCAGUGUGACUACCAGUUGGAUAAUUAUACAGAAAUAAUGCAGUGUUCCAAUUCUUUGUAGAAAGAACUUUACACAGAACAGAGGCUUCCUGCCUUGAAAGGGGAACUAUUCAAACGUUGCUGCCUAACUGCUAAAGCAAAGGAGUUCCAUGGCAACGUAGACGCUCCGGGUCAAGUACACGUUCUGAGAAACCAAGGGAUAUGUAAAGAACACAAACCCAUGGGCACAAACCAACAGGGGCCUACACAGGCAGUGUUUUCGCUAAUAAAGCCCUUGUCAUGUCGUAACAUGACAAUUCUGUGGCAGGGCUGAGUACAACAAAAACAAUGAGGGACAAAAGGAAGGAUCUUCCUAAUAGGAGGUUUUUUGCCUCAUUUGCCCAAUCCAAAAAAGGUGGAUUUUCAUUUACUUCAAAUUGGCAAAAAAUAAUAACUCCCACCCUGUUUUGCAUGGCCAAAAGCCCAGAUUUAGAUUUCAACAUUUGCUCAUAUGCUACUGUUUAAGUCAAGUCUUGAACUGUUUCAGCUGCUCCAAAGGGGAGGUCAGAAAUAAGGGGAGUGGACAGGCCCAUGGCCCAGUGGACUCAGGACUCACACUGGAGUCAGGAUCAAGUGAGGUCUCAUUACCUUUGGGCAGUCCCCAAAUGAGCAAGGCAUUUUCAGCCAAGAGUUUGGGAGAACUUGGGUUGCCACAAAGAGAUCUGAACUUGUUUUAACUUGUUAAGUCAGUUGUAGAAACACAAAGGUUUAAAGCAGUUUGAUGGCUAUGUAAAUAAGAAAGUUUGCAAAGAACCUGGGUCUACCUCUGGCUAUUCAGCAGCUUGGCAAGAGAUGACCGAGUUCUCGGAGUCCCCAUCUUUGCAUCUGUGAAAGAAAAGAAGAUGACACAGCCUGCAGUUCUCCUUGGUUCGUUUCAGGCCUAAGUUUUGGGUGCCUCAAUAGUACCUUCCCAACAGCGCCUUCCAGAAGUCUAUCAUUUGGCCUAUUUUUAUUUGGCAACAAUCAAAAUCUCCAUGAUUCCUUGUCACCCAUCAUACCACCUCAGCUACCAAUCACACCAUCUCUGCUACCUGAGCCUGUUAAAUAUGUCCCAGAAGCCAUUUGUGACAUGAUUUUCAUUCCAGCCACCAGCUAUCUCCCAACAGCUUAGUGAUAUAAACGAGUUUUCCAAGCCUCCUUCAAGGGAAAAUAAAAAUACUUAAAGUUGCUUUUGAAAAGUCCUGCCAAGUUUCUAGGCUUAUAUUCUUCAAGGACAUUUUUAUUUAGUGCACCCCUGAGAGGUGGAAAGAAAAGUAACCUGGGAGAAUGUUAGUAUUUCAACAUAGUUAGCCAAUAUUCUCUAGCACAAGAGGUCUUCAGCAACACACUGUCUAAAGCCUUUUUGUACAGAAGUUUCUGCUGGGCUCAGAUUUCUACCCAAAUCUCUGCAGGUACCUUGCAUGCAGCAGUACCAUGACUGCCCGCAGGCCUAUAUUUCUAAACAUCCCCUUCCACCCACCUUGGCUAUCCAGUUUCUGUCCCCUGCACCCCAACUGCAAUGGCCAGAUUUCUGGUUUCAAAAGGUUCUCCAUAGGGACCACCCUAGCACCUAACAGAAAUGGAGGCAAUAUGCAGGGUGGUUAGAGUGGCAUCAUGCAAAAAUUUUUUGAAAGAGCCAGAGAGUAUUUUAGUCUUUGUGGGCCUAGAGUCAGAAUCAAGGAUAUUAUGUAGCUACUUAUAUAACAAGAGAGAAAACAAGUUCCUACAUUUGUAUUCAAAAAAUUCAAAUACAAUAAUAAUUGACUACAACUGCUUGUAAUUACAAGUUGACUAAUGAAAGAUGUGAAUAUUUUUUGGUGAGGGGAUAACAUUUUCCUUAAUGGAGAUUAAAAAUUAGUGUUUCCUCUCAUCAAUAGGAUUUUAAUGUUCAUGCAAAGAAACAUUUUUAGCUCCCUGGCCUUACAAAGAAAGGCAAGGGGCAGGAUUUGGCCCACGUGAUGUAAUUUACCAAAUCAAGGUGGUUUCAGUCACAAGCUUGAGAUUCUGGCUAUGCUUGGGUUGAUGCUAGUGCUACAACUCAUCUGCCAGCUUCUGACUUCACUUCUCCAAGAUAUACUUUUCUCCUCUUUCCAAAGAGGCCAACUGUACGCGUUCCACAAAUGAAUGACCAACAUUUGUUGAACUCCUACUUUGUGCUGGGAAUUAUUCUAUGCUAUGUGUAGAAUAUGCUAUGCCUCAUGUAUUAGCUUGUUUAGUGAUGUGAAAGGAAAUUAAAUCUUAAAUCUAAGUUAAGCCAAAGGGAAAAGUCAAGUUUGGAACAGAGUCACAGAAACCUGCCUCCCCUUUUUGGUUCCUAAAUAACAUGGCUACAAGAUGAAACACUACAAGCCUCCCCCAUAUCUUGCCCACAAAGAAAUUCCUAGUGACCUGCAAGAUCUUUACCUUAAGGUGUUUCUUCUUUCACCUUAAGAUUUCACCAUGGCAAUGUAAAUUGAUAGCUUAUGUUUACAGGUACAGUCACCCCCCUGCCCACCAAACACAAAUACAUAUCCGAUUGUUCCCCUAUCCUGUUUCCUCUGUUAUCUUACGUAAAAAUGCAGAUUCCCUGCAUUUUUCCUCUGCCCCAUUUGUCUAUGUCAUCUUUUGUUUAAAAAAAAAAAAAAAAAGCAGAUUCUCUGAGCCAAACAAAUAAAUGACUAUUUUUCCCUACCUACCUCUUACAUGAAAAUUGUAUACUUCUCAAUAUCCCGCCCUUUCCACUUUAAAUUUGGAGCCCUCAAAAUCACCUUUGGAGAGAGGCAUAGACCUGUCUCCUGGGCACACGUCCUUAACUUUGGCAAAUAAACCUUCUAAAAUGAUUGAGACUUGCCUUGUGAUUUUUCUCUAUUGACAGUGGUCAAUACAUUUCUACAAACAAGGUAUCAUUUUUGUCCCCAUUUUAUAGAUAAAGAGACUGAGGAACAGUGAGGUUAAGCAAAAUGCUCCUGGUUAAAUACCUAGGUACAGAAAGAGGCAGACUGAGAGCACCUCCUUAUACCCAGGACCUGUAUGAAGUGUUUGAUGAAUGUUAACUAUUAUCAUUUUAUUCUUGUUAAUGAGGUAUGUCAAUUAAGUAAUUAGGAUGAAUUUUAAUGUACAUUCCAGAACAUAAACAUCAAAAUGAAUUUUGUCCUUCAAAGGAGUUUACCUUGGAAGGCUUUGUGCAUUCCAAAUAAAGCAUCAUUGUUCAAAAUGCUUUUGGUUUCACCCUUCAAAGCUAUGGUCUAUUAACCCCACAGAGGGCUUUUGAUCUCAUUACUCCAUUGCUCCUAAUUUCCCUUGGUAAAUUAUAAGGUAAUAGAUCAGUUAAUGAAAUAUUAGACCACUCCUAAGAUAGUCUAUUGUUGACUUAGGAAGAGAAGAACUUCUAGUAUCCUUUCAUGUAAAUGGGAAAUUAGAAUGCCAGUGGAGGAUGUUUCCCAAUUUCAGGAUCUGCCACCUACAUCUUAUCUGGGAUCAUUCCCAUUCUCAUCUUUCUGCAGUGCUAGACAGCCCAGGUCGGGAAACUAACCAUGCCUGCAGGUGGUGUCACUCACGUUGCUGACUUCAAGUUCCCCCAGCAAAGGACAAUCUUCCAGGUAACCUUGGACUUAGUUCUACCCCCUUCUUUACUUGUAGUUGACAAGAAUAACUGUAGGAUGUGCUGGGUAUGCACCAUCCUGAGGCAAGGAAGGACUGGCCAGAACAUCCUGGGCUCUUUCUAGUCUCCCUCUGGAAACAGGAUGUCCUUCAGUGCUUUAGCCCAGCAGACCCAAUUACCCUGGGGUAUAAAAUCAAGGGCAGGCUGCUUUCUAAGGUCCCUAAGCAGCAGUGGAAGUGGAGUGUGUGCAGAUGAGACUCUAUUCAGCCCAGGCCCCUUUCCGGAGCAACCAGCUCACAAUGAAUCCCAGGCAUCUGCCAUUCCUGGCUGCCUCUCUAAUAAACUGCUUCAAGUAACUUGUGUGGGGGUGUCCUGUCUCACCAGACUCAAACAAGUCAGUAAUCAGUGCACAAUGAAACUGCUUCACACCUUGCACUGCUGCACACUGGUCCUUUCAUUCACCUGUCAUAGACUCCUGCUCUUCACACCCACAGCUGCUAGGCGUGGCUCCCCAGACACCAGCUUAGUCAUCUGCUAAGAUGAAAGGGAAAUUUUCCCAAGAGGUAAUCAGUUUUCUUCAUUUUCUCUAAACACUUAGGAGGUAUCCCCAAGAUUGCAAACAUAAGCAAAACAGGAGGCACAGGUAUGCAGAUGCAAACCUCCUGGGAAGGGGCUCACAAACCGGGAGCACUAUAGGUCUACUCUAAGGCACCUCUCCUCGGGCAACCUCAAAUGCACACCAGAACUUUAAAUGCAAAAAUCAGAAUUCUCAAAUCCAUACCUCUGACCCAGGUCUCACUUCUGAAUCAAGGACAUGGCUAUUCUGCUCAACCAUGGCCCUGUUGGAAAUAUCCACCUGGCUUUUAAAUAUCGGUGUGUCAACUACGAUGUGCUCAAAAAGCUUCUUCUUCCUGACUUUCAAUUUGUUUUGUGAUUACAUCCCCACACCACAGGCCUCUAUCCACUCUCCCCUACCUUAUGUGCCCUUCCACCCAAUUAAUUUGCAAUGCCCCAUCUUGUCUGCAUAUGUAUCUAUCCAAUAGAAAUAUGAUGUGAGCAAAGAAUGUGAGACCCAUAUGUAAUUUUAAGUUUUCUAGAAGCAAUAUUUUUUUUUGUUUUUGAGACAGGGUCUCGCUCUGUAGCCCAGGCUGGAGUGCAGUAACGUGAUCUCAGCUCACUGCAACUUCCACCUCAUAGGUUCAAGUGAUUCUCCUGCCUCAGCCUCCCAAGUAGCUGGAAUUACAGGUGCCCGCCACCACACCCAGCUAAUGUUUGUUUUUUUUGUUUGUUUUUUUGGAGAUAGAGUCUCACUCUGUCAUCUAGGCUGGAGUGCAAUGGCGCCAUCUCAGCUCACUGCAAACUCCGCAUCCCGGGUUCAAGCAUUUCUCCUGCCUCAGCCUCCUGACUAGCUGGAAUUACAGGCACCCGCCGCCACGCCUGGCUGACUUUUGUAUUUUCAGUAGAGAUGGAGUUUCACCAUGUUGGCCAGGCUGGUGUCGAACUCCUGACCUCAGGUGAUCCACCUGCCUCAGCCUCCCAAAGUGCUGGGAUUACAGGCGUGAGCCACCGUGCCUGGCCGUAACUUCUGUAUUUUCAGUAGAGAUGGGGUUUCCCCAUGUUGGCCAGAAUGGUCUCAAACUCCUGACCUCAGGUAAUCCGCCUGCCUCAGCCUCCCAAAGUGCUGGGAUUACGGCAUGAGUCACUGCAUCUGUCCUAGAAACAAUAUUUUAAAAGUAUAAAAGGGUAAAUUGAAUUAUAAUAUAUAACACAUGCAUGCUAUAAUUUUAAUAUGUAAUCAAGAUAAAAAUAUUAAGAAGAUAUUUUACAUUACCUUUUUCAUACUAUGUUUUGAAAAUCCAGUUUGUGUAUUACACUUACAGCACAUCUUGAUUCUAAUUAGGCACAUCUCAAAUGUUCAGUAGCCACCUGUGGCUAGCAGUUACCAUAGUGGUCAGUGCAGAUGUCAACUCUACCCAACAUUCAAAGAGUAGCUGAACUCUUCCACUCUGCAAGAAAGUUUCACUAGUUUUUGUAGCCCUUAUACAUCUUUUCCUUCUUUGAAUUGCCAUUAACUUGAUAACCAAACACACUGUUGCACAAUUAGCUAAUUCCAUGUAUUUCAUGACUAUAAAUUUUAUCUUCACAACCAGGCUACAAACAUAUAAAGAACAACAUCUGUUUUGUCCCCAGCAUAUCUAUUAUGAUGCCAGAUAUAUCCAUUCAAUAAAUAUAAACUAAUUUUUGAUGACAAAUCAAUAAACCAAGAAAUUAUAUGUCAGUAUUAAAGAAAGGGGGAGAUUGAGGGUGAAAUCAUUAAAAAAAACUCUAAGAAGUAAAGACACAGUGACAUUCAGUUGAAAAAAAUAAUGAUCUAUAUGAAAAUAUAUCAUUGUCAUUCCAAAUGUCACUAUUAUUCAAUUUCACCUGUAUUUUUAGUGUGUGUAAGUUUCAAAUGCUGUCAUAGUAAAACUGUGCCUGCAAUCCUCACCAAACAUGAAGGAAUAACUCUAGAGGAAAACUAGAGAUAAUAACUUGAAUAAAAAUGACAUAUUCAGCAGAAGCUCUCUAUCACAGCUUUAGUUGUUCUGAUUAUUUAGCAAAGUCACCCACUAGACUGUGGUGUCCAGGAGGGAUUGUCUGUCUUGUUCAUGUUGAAUCCUCAGCUCAUGGUGCAUUCAGUCUCAUUACUCCAUUGCUCCUAAUUUCCUUUUCUAAAUUAUAAGCAAACAGAUACGCUAAUAAAAUAUCAGACCACCUCUAAGACAGUCUUAUGUUAACUUAGGAGAAGAACUAGUAAAGUGUCUGGCACAGAGCCAAUACUCAAUUAAGGUUUGUUAUCUGAAUUGGUACCAGAUAGAUCUGGGAUGUGAAUCCCAAUGAUAAAAAAUAAGCAUAACAUAUGUGUUGGGAAAUACGGGUCCAAUGUGAGCAUUGAGAAUGGAGUUAGAAGAAAUAAGCUUAAGUCUUCCUAAUUGUUCUAAGGAGAUUCCCAUGGAUCAGAAACAAUAAGGCAGGGCGCAUGGCGGCGGUGGCGGCGGCGGCAGCAGCGGGGCCGAUGUGUAGUUGGUGACUGCCUCUCCAGAUGCUGAGGUGCCUGUAUCAUUGGCACAGGCCAGUGCUGAACUGUAGGUGGAGUAGGCUGUGCCUUCUGAAGCGGUAUCUAUUUACAAUGAAGUUGCAGUCUCCCGAAUUCCAGUCACUUUUCACAGAAGGAUUGAAGAGUCUGACAGAAUUAUUUGUCAAAGAGAAUCACGAAUUAAGAAUAGCAGGAGGAGCAGUGAGGGAUUUAUUAAAUGGAGUAAAACCUCAGGAUAUAGAUUUUGCCACCACUGCUACCCCUACUUAAAUGAAGGAGAUGUUUCAGUCGGCUGGGAUUCGGAUGAUAAACAACAGAGGAGAAAAACACGGAACAAUUACUGCCAGGCUUCAUGAAGAAAAUUUUGAGAUUACUACACUACGGAUUGAUGUCACCACUGAUGGAAGACAUGCUGAGGUAGCAUUUACAACUGACCAGCAGAAAGAUGUGGAAUGCAGAGAUCUCACUAUAAAUUGUAUGUUUUUAGGUUUUGAUGGCACUUUAUUUCACUACUUUAAUGGUUAUGAAGAUUUAAAAAAUAAGAAAGUUAGAUUUGUUGGACAUGCUAAACAGAGAAUACAAGAGGAUUAUCUUAGAAUUUUAAGAUACUUCAGGUUUUAUGGGAGAAUUGUAGACAAACCUGGUGACCAUGAUCCUGAGACUUUGGAAGCAAUUGCAGAAAAUGCAAAAGGCUUGGCUGGAAUAUCAGGAGAAAGGAUUUGGGUGGAACUGAAAAAAAUUCUUGUUGGUAACCACGUAAAUCAUUUGAUUCACCUUAUCUAUGAUCUUGAUGUGGCUUCUUAUAUAGGUUUACCUGCUAAUGCAAGUUUAGAAGAAUUUGACAAAGUCAGUAAAAAUGUUGAAGGUUUUUCACCAAAGCCAAUGACUCUUUUGGCCUCAUUAUUCAAAGUACAAGAUGAUGUCACAAAAUUGGAUUUGAGGUUGAAGAUCUCAAAAGAAGAGAAAAACCUUGGCUUAUUUAUAGUUAAAAAUAAGAAAGAUUUAAUUAAAGCAACAGAUAGUUCAGACCCAUUGAAACCCUAUCAAGACUUCAUUAUAGAUUCUAGGGAACCUGAUGCACCUACUCGUGUAUGUGAACUACUCAAGUACCAAGGAGAGCACUGUCUCCUAAAGGAAAUGCAGCAGUGGUCCAUUCCUCCAUUUCCUGUAAGUGGCCAUGACAUCAGAAAAGUGGGCAUUUCUUCAGGAAAAGAAAUUGGGGCUCUAUUACAACAGUUGCGAGAACAGUGGAAAAAAAGUGGUUACCAAAUGGAAAAAGAUGAACUUCUGAAUUACAUAAAGAAGACCUAAAACUGAUGGCUACUGAAAAGCAGAGCAUUUCUGGUAAGACUAAAUUUUCUCCCCUCCCUCUUAAUGAGGUUUUAGAGACUACACCAGAAUAAAAGACAGUUUAGGGGACCUCUGUAGAACAACAAGGGUCUUAUUUUGUGAAUUAUAUUUCAAGAACUAAACUGAGAUCCACCUUUCUGGAUCUGAUUUAUAUCACUGAAUGUACAGUUCUUUUGGAAUAGUUUCACCUGAGAAAACAUAGUUGGCUAUUAUCUUAACCUGUUCAGGCUUUUAAAAAAAAAUUGUUUUUGCAUAGGGUAGUACUAAGAUCUUAAAAAGUGGUAACUUUCUUGAAGAAAAAAUGUUUAUUGUUUGCAAUUGAGAUAACUGGGUUACCUUAACAAUGACUGUCUAUGAUGUGUCAGUUCUUAUCUGAAUUCCAAAAUAAACUUGUGCGUAAAAAAGAAAAAGAAAAAAAAAAAAGAAACAAUAAGGCAGGGAGACAGCACCUCCACUUGUAAAGAAAGUGCAGAAUAUGGGAUCUUUGCCUCCAGAAAGAUUCAUUUCUUUCUCUGUGUAUAGAGAAUCCCAAUAAACCUUCACAGUAAAAUGUUAGAAGGUCUUACCUUGGUAUGCUAAAGGAGAUAUGUAAUAAUCUGCUGAUCCAAAACUCAAUGAAUAAGACGGCUAAAAAGAAUGAAGUCAGAUGAAGAUGAAAUUCACAUAAUUCAUGGAGCAAGCCAAACGGAGCUGAGCAGUCAACAGGAUACUAUUCCAUGCUCCCAAACAAUAAGGGCCAAUGAAUGUUCCCAGGCUAGAAAUGCCCCCCACUGGGCUGUUUAAUCUCCCUACUCACAAGCAAAUUCUGUAUCCAUACUCUACUCUGAGAUUAAUCAUGAGCAUCAGCCUAGGCCCAAAACUUAAAGUUAAUAUAAUAUAUUUUUCCUUCUUUUCUAUUUAUAUUUGGUGGCAUGUGUGGCAGGCUGGGGGACGUGUGUGUCUGUGUGUGUGUGUGUGCGUGUGUGUGUGUGUGUGUAAUGUACAGGCUACCCUAAAAAUGGGUGAGCCUGCAUUACCAGAUAUCUCAAUGACAUAGAGCAACUGCAAAAUCAAACCAGACAAAGAAAAACAGUAAUUGUCAAAAUGGCCAUAUGAAAUAAUGAUUCUUAAAAGGGACGCCUUUGACCAUCACAUAAUGCUGGGCCAGUUGUAUUUCCAGUGAGUUCUCAUGUGAGGUUCCCUUGACAUACUGAAACAAGGGAGAAGCCUGGAUGGAUAAGCAAGGGCAAUCUAACUGAUGCAGGAUAGGUGAGCCCCAGAAUUGGGGCUUAGCCCAGGUGGGUGCUUGGCUUUGCCCAGAAAAGAAUUCAAGGGAGAGUUGGUUGAGUCAGACAGCAACUCUUAUUGAAGCAGCAGUGUCAGAGCAGCAGCAGAGGCACUGCUCCUUGCAGAGCAGGGCUACCCCAUAGGCAAUGUGUCCAGAGUACAUUCUCAGAGGCAGUUCUGCACUCAUAUUUAUACCUACUUUUAAUUACAUGCAAAUUAAAGGGUAGCUUAUGCAGAAAUUUCUCGGUCAGCGUGUCUUACAGAAAACUGCUUCCCUACCUCCCGCCCUGUUUUAGCUGGUCCUAAAUUUGGUAUGGUGCCCCAGUCCCACCUCCAGAGUUGAGUCUUGCCUCCUACCUCAUCAACUGCUGACAGAGCACAGAGAAAAUGCAAAUGUGGCAGAACAGGACAUUUAUUUCCUGGGCCUAUUUACCUUUAAGAACCAUUUCAAAAACAGUUGGAAGACUUUAAAAGAAAUGCAUAUAACAUCUAUAGUUCAAUGGCCCAAUAACUGUUGCUACCCGAUGCCCUUUAUACUGAGGUUGGCUUGAUCCUUAGCUAAUUUUUAGUGUUUAGCACAUGCAACUGAUAACCAGACCCUGACUUGUCAAAUUCCCAUUCAUCAACCAGCAGUUUCUCCCUGCAUGUUUCCAGUAUCAUGGAGAUACAAAUUUGAGUGCAUAAUUUAGCCCUUGCUGGACUACUCUUAGGAGUAGGGAAUGUCCAUUCCCAUGCCUAGCUUGAAGCCUGCUGUGUAUCAACAACAGCAUAUAUGAUUGUUGAACCAAAUUGGGGUUGCUGAUUGAUAUGGCCUGGCCAAAAUCUCACCCAAAUCUCACCUUGAAUUGUAAUAAUCCCCAAGCGUCAAGGGUGGAGCCAGGUGGACACAAUUGAAUCAUGGGGUGGUUUCCCCCAUACCGUUCUUGUAGUAGUGAAUAAGUCUCACAGAUAUGAUGGUUUUAUAAAGGGGAGUUCCCUGCACAUGCCCUCUUGUCUGCCACCAUGUAAGACGUACCUUUGCUUCUCCUUUGCCUUCUGCCAUGAUUGUGAGGCCUCCCCAGCCAUGUGGAACCAUGAGUCCAUUAAACCUCUUUUCUUUAUAAAUUACUUAGUCUCAGGUAUGUCUUUAUUAGCAGCAUGAGAACAGACUAAUACACUGAUCUUCUUUUGGAAAUGUGGAAGAAAAUUACUUUCUUCCAAGGACAACUUCCUUUCUGUAUUACUCACAAAUGGACAUCUAUUAAAUCUAUAUUUGUAACUUCACUACUCAGGAAUCUUAAAUUUCCUUUCAGCAUGGAAAGGGCAACUGGUGGAUCACCCCAUUCCCUGCCCGAUUCCCCAACCUGCUUUUAGCUCAGGAAACCAGCUCUUCUGUACUCUGAAAGCAAAACUCUGCUCUUGUUUGUGUAAAGUGGCAUAAAAAUCAUAGGGACAUCAAUAUAAAACAGAGUAAUCUUGUUCAUGUUUUAGUGUAUCUUAUGAUUUUAAAAGCAGGAAAGGAAUUUCCCAUUUAGAAUGCUUUAGAUUUGUCUCCAUCAAAACAUGCAAAAGGUCUUAUAGAUUCUGAAGUUUAUCUCUCCACUCCAUGUCUACUGACAUCACAAAAGGUCAUUUGUGAUUUAGGGAAUGCAAAAUUAGAAGUCUGGAAUUUCUGGCUCUUCCUACAUGUUGAAAUUGUGCCAAAGGAAUAAUGACAGUUACACUUGUAAUGUACAGAAGAUCAUAUGAAACUAGUAGACAGUUAUAGCAAUUAUACUGGAAAAAAUAUGAAAUUAUAGAAUGUGUGAUCACUUAUGACUGAAAAUCAUUUGUUAUUGUAGGCUUCUAGAAGAAUGCUCAUAGGAAAGUCUGAUGGGUGUUGGCAAAAAAAAAUCUCCUAUGCAUUCUGUACCUCCAUUCAUUCAUCAGCUAAAAUGGGAUAACAAAGAAAAUUUUGAUAUGUGCAUACUCACACUGUAUCACAUGUAGAAUUAUGUGAAAAGCAAAUGAAACAAAUCUGCAAGAAAGUUAUUUGGAAAUAAAUAAAGAACCAAAAUGUUUUAUUACUAACUAAACAUUUAAAUGAACUGGUAUUUUAAAAAAAAAACUUUCAGUGACACAUCACGGUAUAAAGUGUAAUAAUGCAUCGAUUCUGGUUUCUGACUCAAAUAUACCAUUUCUUAAAGAGUAUUAUCUGACAUCAAAUGAGUCUUCAUUUAGAGAAGAUCUCCAGGAGCUGAUAGGGAGCGAUUUUCAGGAUGUAUUUUUAAAAAAAUAAAAAAUAAAUAAAAAGCUUCAUCUGAAGAGUGUGUAUAACAUGGUCCUUUUGAGCAAUUAAAAAAAAAGGAGAACAGGAAUCCACACUUUACACAUGUAUUUUUACAAAAAGAAACAGGGGUUAAGUAAGGUAAACUAGAAAGUAAUGACAAGGGCUAACAAGAGAGGUGAGUGGGGGCCAGGCAUGGUGGCUCAUGCCUGUAAUUCCAGCACUUUGGGAGGCCAAGGCAGGCGGAUCACCUGAAGCCAGGAGUUCAAGACCAGCCUGGCCAACAUGGUGAAACCCCGUCUCUACUAAAAAUACAAAAAUCAGCCGAGCAUGGUGGCGGGCGCCUGUAAUCCCAACUACUUGGGAGGCUGAGGCAUGAGAAUUGCUUGAACCUGGAAGGCAGAGGUUGCAGUAAGCCAAGGUCGCACCACUGUACUUCAGCCUGGAAAACAGAGUGAGAUUCUGUCUCAAAAAAAAAAAAAAGAGGAGUGAGUGGGAAUAGGGGUGGGGGUAAGAUGGGAACAAUACUUCUGUGGAUACACCUUUAUAUAUGUGUGUGUAUAUAUAUAUAUACACAUAUAUACACACACAUAUAUACAUAUAUACACAUAUACAUAUAUAUGUGUAUAUAUGCGCGUGUGUGUGUGUGUGUGUAUAUAUAUAUAGUUUUUACUUUUGAACCAUGUAAGUGUUUCUCAUAUUGAAAAAUACAAUUAAAUUAGAACAAAAUGAGGAGAAAAAAUAAACUCCAUCUUUGAAUGUAAGCAGUACUGGAUGGGAUACUUGUAUUGUGAUGAUUCACAGGAAUGUCUCAUUCUUAAGAGAUUCAUGCUGGAGGAUUUGGGAGUGAGGCAUCAUUAUAUGUGCAACUCACUUGCAAAUAGUUUAGCCAAAAGAAAAUGUAUAUGCACAUAUAUACUCCUAUGUGCACACAUAUAUGCACACACACACACACACACACACACAUACAUGGAUAGGAAGGGAAAAGAAAGAUAAAGUAAAUGAAAGAAAAUCUUAAAACAUAGUAAACCUAGGGUCAAUGGUCUGAAGGUUUGUAUCUUUCCAAAAUUCGUCAAAAUCCUAACCCUGAAAGUGAUACUAUCAGGAGAUGGGGUCCCUAGGAGGUAAUUAGCUCAUGAUGAUGGAGCCCUCAUGAAUGGGAUCAGUGCCCUUAUAAAAGGGACCCCAGAGAGCUCUCUCUCAUCCUAUUUCCACCACGUGCAGAUACAAGGAGAAAAUAGGAAUCUGCAACCUGGCAGAGGGCUCUCAGCAGAACCUGACCACGCUGGUUCCCUGAUCUUAGAUGUUCAGCCUCCAGAACUAUGAGGAAUAAAUGUCUGUUCUUUAUAAGCCACCCAGGGUAUGGUACUUUGUUAUAGCAUCUUGAAUGGACUAAGAUGCCAAGUGAACAUCAUCAAAAAUAAUUUUACCUUUAUUCUUUUUCUUCUACCACUGCAUAGAAUUUUACCCCAAGCUUAGAAGAACUUCUGGGGACUUGCUGGCCUCAUUGGUAGGAGAUGGGGGGACAAGAAGUUAGAGAGGCAGGUAGGAGUUCGCACCUUGAGAUAUGAAAUUGGGUUGUAGAGAUUUUAAAUCUAAAAAGACACCUGUGGACUUUGUCUUAGAAGAAUGAACAAACAAAUUCAGAACAAGUCUUCCUGCAGGUCAGAUUCCUAGUGAAGUGGCUGAGUAAAAGACAUGCAAAUUUAAAAUUCUGAUGGACAAUACCAAAUUGUACUACAAAAGAAUAACAUAACUGAUCAGUGAUAUACACCUUGGGUAUUUUAUUCAUUUAAACAAAUAUUUGAUUAGAGGGCCAAGAACAGAAGGUUAACCACAACCCUGACUCAUGAGCUUUUGAAUGAUAUUUUCCUUGUUGAUGAAGCUGAAGGUACUUCUACCCAGGGAUUUGCAUCACCCCAAAACUGUCCUACAACCUACUCCAGUGACCACUGCCAAAUCGGGCAGAAUUACUUAUUUUACAUCUUUACAUGUGAAAAAUGGAGAAUAAAGCCAUUUUGAAAAAGCCAUUAUCAUAAAAUAAUGAGAAAUACAACCAGGAAAGCAGGUUUUCGCCCAACUUUGUAUUUCCUAAAAAUCCAUAAACAGAAUAAAAUGCAGGAUUCUUAUAAACAAUUGUGUCAUUUUUAAAAAGAGUUUUUAGAAGAAUAAUCCUGAGUUAAAUGCAGAGUGCCACUGUAAUAAAUAUAGUAUUAUUUGUACAAUAUUUUUUAAUUAGGGGGAAAAAGCCUAGGAGAUUUAGCUGGAAAAGUUGCUCCUUUCACAAAUGCCCCCCAGCAGGAGGGACCCAGCAGUGUGAACUAUGGGAGGAAUAUUCAGCCCACACCCUCUUAAAAUAAUGUUGUAGAAUAUCUAGUAAAAUCUCUCUUCUAGGGGACCAAGAGUCCUCAGCCUACCUCCCUCAUCAAUAGACACUUCUACAGAACAUAAAACAAGCUAAAAAGCAACACAGCCCAAAUGGAAAACUCACAGAUGACAUACAAUCAGCUUAAAAAGAGGAAGCAAGUAAGCCAAGUACAGUGUAGACCAUUAAGAGUUACUCAGUCUUGGAAAGCCCUUGUGUGAAAUCUAAGAUUUUCCAGCAUCCUUAACCUGGGCUUUCUGUUUGUGUAUAGGUGAGGAGAAACUUGAAAGUGGAGUCCCAUUUUAAAAGAUGUGCCAUUUAACUAUGAAUCCCUAUUGACGUCAUUCCUGCAGCCAUCAGAGCUUAACCCUACAAACCAAGCUAAGAUCCGUCUAAGUCAUUUGCUGUUGGGCAUAAUGAGAUGUUACUGUUGCAUUUUUAUUGCCAUUAGAAUAAAUUGCUCACAAGAGAAGGAUGCUUCAGCUAUUAAAAUAAGUGAGCAGAAAAAAAGCUCAGGUAUAUAAGUAUGUUUUAUGUGAAACCGUCAGCCAACCAUCUGCAAAUCAUUUUAGUUCUGUAAGCUAAUAAAAAGUGCAUGUGUUUUUUCUCCUAUUUAUCUUCUAGAAGUUUUUUCUUGUGUCUACCACUCAUCAGAAUAGAUUUUUAUUUUCUCCUCCAUCUACAUUAUUUCACAGGCUCCUCUAAUAGAUGCUGUCUCUAAAGCUGUACAGAAGAAUUACCGAGACAUGCUUUCUGAGUUUGUAUAAAUCUCAAAAUAAGCAAACAAACUGAUUUCUCUCACGUUUUGGCUGGAAUCACACCAAAACAAUUCCAUUGAUCCACUGCUGCCCACCAGCCCUCCAAGUGCACACAGGCCUGAGCAGGGCCUUUCAUAAUCAGAACAGAUGCAUUGAAAUAGCUUUAAAUAGAAUGCUCUGCCAGGAGACAAGGAAGACAGAGUAUCAGGUUCCCAAAGCACAUUUGCCAUUAAUAUUCUGAGCUCAUGAAUGCCAGUAACUUCUUGAAAACUUGAUUUCCAAUGUCAACUUAAAUCUGUUGAUUUCUGUCCUAAGAUUUCGCAAAAAACAAUUAUUCUACCUCCUCCAGUCCUACCAAUACAAUUGUGUUGUGUACAAGACACAGAAAGGGGUUUAUUGACAUUUUCUGUUCACCCCCUGAAGAUAAUAGUCCUCACUUGAAUAUUAUAACAACAAACCAUUGAAAAGCAAAAUUUGGGCUAUUUCUACUCACUGUUAGCAGAUGAAGAAUAGUAUCAUAUCAGUUACUUAUUUCCAAAAGAAAAUCACGUUCUCGGUAUUAAAUGGGAUCAGGAAUUUUUUCCUGUAGGUCGUUAUAAAUUUCAAACUGUUUUUCUCAUUGGGUCACCAUUUCAAUGUGUAGCUGGCAUACUGAAUAAGCAGGACUCAAAAGUGUAAUUUAUUUUGGUCCUCCACUACCCCCUUAGAAUGUGUUUAAUAGGGGAGAAUUUAUCUCCUGCCCCUGGAUAAAAAUUCAAGGAACUAAGUCCCACAGGGAAGAGAAACAAGAUGUGCAGAAGAGAUCUGAUUUGACUGGUACUGAUGAAAUCUGGGUCUAGCUGAUAUUUAAGGCACUUUUCUGGAUUAUCUGGGGUACCCAUCUUCCCCAUAGCUCAGGACCUUUCAUGACAGCUCUCUUGAUGCAAAUGAGGCCCUUUUCUCUAGCUGGCCACUAACUCUUUCCAUGACCCAAAGAUCCAAUGAUACCACCAGCUUUUCUCUGAUGCGAGCUGGUCAAACCCAGGUGAACCUAUUUGAUACCAUCUAAAACCAGUGGCCCCUUGCUCCUGCUCAUGGGAGACUUACAUCAGGUCUUUGAGAAAUAAUCAACACCUUUUUGCCACACACUCUCUCCUUUGCACACUGAAGUAGCUAGCCAGAAAGGAGAUUUACAGCUAGGGAAUAAACCCCAUACUUCUAUGAGCCCUCCCCCCUCCGGUGAACACAACAAUUUAUCCUGUUGGAGCCUUCUCAAUGGCCUUGAGGGAAAGGAGAGGUAUGUGCAUAUUCUCUGGCCUCACCAACCCCAUCCUCUAGGGGAUGGGGAAGAACGGCUCUUGCAAAGAAUAUCCACUUUUGUAUUCUCUCUUUUAAUCUUCAAUAACGCAAUCCUUUUUAGCUUCUAUGCAGUGAAUGGUUUAAGGGUUUAUAUAAAACUGGCUUUUCAAAUUUCAUUAAAAACUUUGUAUUUGGUCUGGAGUCUUGGUGUGUCCUAUCUACUAUGUUUUCAUGCCUCAGACAAAAACUUCUUAAAAAUGCUGCUCCUCCAAAAAAGAUAUACAGAUGGAAAAUAAGCAUAUGAAAAGAUAUUUCACUUCCUAUGCCAUUAGGAAAACACAAAAUAAAAACAAAACUGAGAUAUGACUUGUAUCAGUCUAUUUUCGCACUGCUAUAAAGAAUAGAUGAGACUGGGUAAUUUAUAAACAAAAGAGGUUUAAUUGACUCAUAGUUCCACAUGGCUGGGAAGUCCUCAGGAAACUUCUCAUGAUGGCAGAAAAUGAAGGGGAAGCAAGGCACGACUUACAAGGCAGCAGGAGGGAUACAAAGAGAAGGGAAUUGCCAAACACUUUCAAAUCAUCAGAUCUCACGAGAACUCACUCACUAUCACAAGAACAGCAUGGGAGAAAUCACCCCCACGAUUCAAUCACUUCCCAUCAGGUCCCUCCCUCAACACAUGGGAUUACAAUUCAAAAUGAGAUUUGGGUGAAGACACAGAGCCAAACCAUAUCACUCUGCCCUUGGCCCCUCCCAAAUCUCGUAUCCCUCUCAUAUUUCAAAACACAAUCAUGCCUUCCCAACAGUCCCCCAAAGUCUAAACUCAUUCCAUCAUUAACCCAAAAGUCCAAGACCAAGGUCUCAUCUGAGACAAGGCAAGUCCCUUCCACCUAUGAGCCUGUAAAAUCAAAAGCAAGUUAGUUACUUCCAAGAUACAAUGAGAGUACAGGCAUUGGUUAGAUGCUCCCAUCCCAAAUAGGAGAAACUGGGCAAAACAAAGGGGCUACAGGCCCCAUGAAAGUCCAAAACCCAGCAGGGCAGUCAUUAAAUCUUAAAGCUCCAAAAUGAUCUCCUUUGACUCCAUGUCUCACAUCCAGGGCACACUGAUGCAAGAUAUGGGCUCUGAAGGCCUUAGGCAUCUCCACCUCUGUCGCUCUGCAGGGCACAGCCACCACAGAAGCUUUCAUGGGCUGGCAUUGAGUGCUUGCAGCUUUUCCAAGUGCACAGUGCAAGCUGUUGGUGGAUCUACCAUUCUGGGGUCUGGAGGAUGGUGUCCCUCUUCUCAUAGCUCCAUUAGGCAGUACCCCAGGGGGAUUCUAUGUGCACGUUCUAACCCCACAUUUCCCUUCCGCGUUGCCCUAGCAGAAGCUCUCCAUGAGGGCUCCACAGCAGACUUCUGCCUGGACAUCCAGACGUUUGCGUACAUACUCUGAAAUCUAGGUGGAGGUUCCCAGACCUCAACUCUUAGCUUCUGCACACCUGCAGGCCCAACACCAUGUAGAAGCUGCCAGGGCUUGGGGCUUGCACCCUCUGAAGCCACAGCCUGAGCUGGAGCAGAUGGGCGGUAAGAUGCCCAGUCCCAAGGCUGCACAGAGCAGCAAGGCCCUGGGCCCAGCCCACAGAACCAUUUUUCCCUUCUAGGCCUCUGGGCCUGCAAUAGGAGGGGCUGCCUUGAAGAUACUUGAAAUGCCCUGGAGACAUUUUCCCCAUCAUCUUGGCAAUUAACAUUCAACUCCACAUUACUUAUGCAAAUUUCUGCAGCUGGCUUGAAUUUCUCCCCAGAAAAUGGGUUUUUCUUUUCUGUCACAUAGUCAGGCUUCACAUUUUUUGAAAUUUUAUGUUCUGCUUCCCUCUUAAACAGAAGAUCCAAUUUCAGAUUAUCUCUUUGUGAACACAUAUGAGCAUACUAUUUUAGAAAUAGCCAGAUCACCUCUUGAAUGCUUUGCUGCUUAGAAAUUUCUGCUUCUUAGAAAUAUCUUCCACCAGAUGCCCUAAAUCAUUUCUCUCAAGCUCAAAGUUCCACAGAUCUCUAGGGCCGGGGCAAAAUGCUGCCAGUCUCCUUGCUAAAGCAUUACAAGAAUGACCUUUACUCCAGUUCACAAUAAGUUCUUCAUCUCCAUCUGAUACCAUCUCAGCCUGGACUUCACUGUCUAUGUCACUAUUAGCAUUUUGGUCAAAAUCAUUCAACAAGUCUCUAGGAAAUUCCAAACUUUCCCACAUGUUCCUUUCUUCUUCUGAGCCCUCUAAACUGUUCCAACCUCUGCCCAUUACCCAGUUCCAACGUUGCUUCCACAUUUUCAGGUUAUCUUUAUAGCAGUACCCCAUUCCUUGUACCAAUUUCCUGUAUUAUUUUGGGUUUUUUUUCACUGCUAUAAAGAUACCUGAGACUGGAUAGUUUAUAAACAAAAGAGGUUAAUUGACUCACAGUUCUGCAUAGCUUGGGAGGCCUCAGGAAACUUACAAUCAUGGCAGAAGGCAAAGGGGAAGCAAGGCACAUCUUACACGGCCACAGCAAGGAUAGGGAGAGAGAGUGAGGGGUUAGCUGCCAAACACUUUUAAACUAUCAGAUCUCAUGAGAACUCACUCACUAUUAGGAAAACAGCAUGAGUGAAACUGCCUUCAUGAUCCAGUCACUUCCCACCAGGUCCCUCCCCUGACAUGUGGGGAUUACAAUUCAAGAUGAGAUUUGGGUGGGGACACACAGCCAAACCAUAUCACAACCAGACACCUAUUAGAAUGGCCACAUCCAGAACACUGACAACACCAAACACUGGCAAGGAUGUAGAGCAACAAGAACUCUCAUUCACUGCUGGUGGAAAUGCAAAAUGGUACAGCCACUUGGAGGGCAGUUUUGCAGUUUCUUACAAAACUAAGUAUACUCUAAUUACACAAUCCAGGAAUAAUACUCCUUGGUAUUUACCUAAAGGAGUUGAAAAAUCAAGUCCACACAAAAAUCUGCACACAGAUUUUAUAACUGCUUUAUUCAUAAUUGCCAGUACUUGGAAGCAACCAAGAUUUCCUUCAGUAGACGAAUUAAUAAAUAAAUUGUGGUACUUCCAGAUAUUGGAAUUUUAUUCAAAUCUAAAAAGAAAUGAGCUAUCAAAUCGUGAAAAGACAUGAAGAAACCUUAAAUGCAUACUAUUAAGUGAAAGAAGCCAAUCUGAAAAGGCUACAUACUAUAUGAUUUCAACUACCUGACACUCUGAAAAAGGCAAAACAAUGGAGAGGGCAGAAAGACUGGUGGUUGCCAAGGAGUUAGGGAGAGAAUAGGCAGAGCACAGAGGAUUUUUAGGGCAGGGAAACUAUUCUGUAGGAUACUCUAAUUGUGGAUUCAUGUCUCCAUACAUUUGUCAAGACCCAUAGAAUGCAUAUCGCCAAGAGUGAACCCUAAUGUAAACUAUGGACUUUGGGUGAUAAUGAUGUGUAAAUGUAGGUUUACUGAUUGUAACAAACAUACCACUCUGGUGGGGGGGUGUUGACAGUGUAGGACGCUGUGCCCGUAUGGGGACUAGAAUGUACAGAAACUCUGUACCUUCUGCUCAAUUUUGCUGUUAACCUAAAACUGCUCUAAAAUGUAAAGUCUACUUAAAUCAUAAAUAGAUUUAAGUAAUAAACAGACUUAAUAAUAAAGAAACAAAAAAGGGGGGAAAAGGUGCUGUUCCUACUUUAAGUAACUAGGAAUGUUUUGUUCAAUACUCCCCAAAGCAUCCUUCUUUGCCUCAUUAUCUGUAGUGUACAAGAAAGUGAACCUACUGGCAUAGAAAGUAGCCAGAUUUAGGAAAAAACCCUAAUCCUCCCUAUAUUCCUUAUCCUUCCAAGAUUAUCUACAUCAAGCAUUAAUCAUAUUUUGGCCUUUGAUUCUGCCAAGCCACACUAUGAAACUCUUGACCCCAAAUUCUUCCCAUCUUAUACAAUAUUGGCACAGGGAGGAAAAGCAGAGCUCACAGGAACUGGGAUCCCUCAUUGUUUAGGCGAUUUUUCUGGCUUUCUCUGUUAUUCUGAUGUGAUUUUUGUUCCCCUUAUUUUCCUUCAGGAUAGCAGGCAUUGAUUCAAUCAGUUCUUUUUUUUAUAAAGUAUCCUGACUCUCUUUGAGAAUCUGAUGAAAAUUAUGGCUCCUUUACCCAUUUCUGUAUCUAAUUUCAAGUCUCUGUGUGCUCUCUGAAACUCAUUCAUAAAUCCCCUCAGCUCCCCACCAAGUAAACAACGCUUAAUAUCACUCAUAACCACAUGCCAUGCCCUCUUUAUCCUACCACAAAAAUGUUUUGUCAUUUCUAUGGAGCCCAAAUAAGAAAACAAUUUGCCCCCACGAGUCAAUCAGUUUUUCAUCAUUUUUACCAAAUAUUUAUGGAACAGCCACAGUACGCAGAGCAUUAAGAGAAGAGUGUGGUUUGAUUAGACACAAGUGUGAUUCAUCAAGAAAUGCUCUCUUCGGCCAAUGUCAUGUAAUCUAGUGAUUUCCAACAAGAUGAUGCUCCCAAGCCUCUCUGGCCCAGAUUUCUCCCCAAGCUUCAGACUUGAAUGUCCACUGGAUAUCCCCAUUCGGGUCUCCCACAGUCACCCCAAACUCAACAAGUCUGCAACACAUUAGCCUGCCCCAAAUCUUGAUCCUCUCCCUGCAUUUCCUCUCUCAGUAGCUGGCAACUCCACUCACCAUUCAACCACAUCAAAAAUGUGGAAGGCAUCUUUGACUCUUCCCCAUCUUCAUCCUGAUCAUCUUGAUAUCCCGUUUGUCAGCAAAGCUCUGCCAGUGUGAAGCCCCAGUGGUUCUUGAAUACAUCCACCACUACAGCCACUGCUUGGGCUGCACACGAUUCAUGGUGCUGAUGUGAAAUCAGUGUUCUUUAACUAGGAUUUUCCUCCUUAAAGUCAUGGAAGCCAAAGUUCUCUGCUCUCUGGCUAGGAAUCUAGAAGGUACAGCCAAAGAUCAGAGCAGAUGCUGAGGGAUGAUGCUAGAAACAGAGUCCAUAAGGCAGGAUGCCGGUCACUGACAUUUUAUUUCUGGCCACCAGGCAGCUUUGGUCCCAGUUGGUCAGUAACGUUUUUGAAGGGAUGAUUUCUAUCUAGCCUUAAUUAAAUUGUUUCACCUUUCAACUUGGCCAAGGAAAUAAUCUGAUGAAUGCAGACAAUAAUUUGUCCAUCAGAAUACAAUCUCAUGGAAUCAUCUUAGAAAUGUGGUUUUUAUCCAAGUGCUUGAUUCAGAAUAACAGAUGCGGUUGAAAGAGCUUUCAGUCACAGCUUCUUCCUCUUAACAACCAAUUAUUUCAGGUCCAGGUUAUUUGGGAAGUAUUAAUUUUCACUUCAAAAUAGUUUUUAAAGGGUGUAGGGCAAUAUUAUUAAAAAUUAAAAUGGGAACGCUAUUACAGACUAAGAAUAUUCAGGGAAUCAAGGCUCUCCAUUUCUAGUGUAUAUGAGAAAUAGCCACUGCAAAAAGAUGUAAAUGACUACAUAUUUAAUGACAGACAUUCAGUAAAAAUAUAUUCAGGCACACAUGGUUUCAUUUCAUUAACAACAAGAGAUAACUUUUAUCCAGCACUCACAAUGUGUACCAAGCAUGGUGUUAACAUUUUAUACAUAACAUGUGACACCAUCACAGAAGCCUAUGAUAUUCUCACUAAAAUUACCUCCAUUUUAUAGCUGAAGAUACUAUGGUUUAGAGAUGUUAGUAAUUCAUCAAUGAUCACACACUCUUAACCCUGAACUAGCAAAGGGUUUCUUUAAGCAUAAACCUACACUGCAGAGGAACGGCAAGAAGAGGAAGCAUAUAAAUUAAAUUGGAUAUAGUUCAUGUCCUAGAAAAGGCAGGGGAGGGAGAGAAAAAUGGCAGUGUACAAGGAUGGAUUUAGUGCCAGUUACACAGUAGGCUUCAUUAAACUAUGACUAAGCUGAAUGUGUAAUUAAAGGAAAUUAGGUUAAAUGGGGUAAAACCCUGAGUGAAACUUUUACAAAACUGAAAUUUAAAUUACAUUAUAAGAAACCACUCAGAGUAACAGGAUUUACUGACAGCUGACCAGUUGUGUCUUCAACAUGCCCUCUUAUGGCCAGAAUCAGCCUGCUACCAUGCCAGUUGGCCAGGCCAUAUAGCCAGACCAAACAACCAGCCAUUCCUGAAACACUCAGCUUGCUGUCUCUCGGGGGUUCUAUUAGCAAACUUUGACAGUAAAUUUUAGAGUUGUCUUUCAUGUAAAUAUAAAGUCUCUAUAUCAUCCUUCAUUACACAUAAUAAGCUUUUUUAUUAUAAGUCCUUUAUUUUAAUGAGAAUUUUUGAAAAAUUAUAAAAAGCAUGAUGAAGAAAAUAUAAAUCACCUAUCUCACUACUCAGAGGUAGCUCUUUUUUGUGGGUUUGUAUGUUUGUUUUUACAAAUAGAUCUGGUUUAUUCAUUUUAAUCUCUCUAUUGUCUUCCAUGGUAUUACUAUAGUAUAGUAUAGUAUAGUAUAGUAUAGUAUAGUAUAGUAUAGUAUAGUAUAGUAUAGUAUUGUAUAGUAUAGUAUUGUAUAGUAUAGUAUAGUAUUGUAUAGUAUUGUAUAGUAUAGUAAACUAUACAAUACUAUACUAUACUGAAUUUAUCAAUUCUUUCUUUUUUGAAGAAGCUUGUUUGAAGCUUUGCUAGUAGUGAACGUUUGAAUCAGGGAUAGCUCUUGAUAGCAUUUUCAUGCACUUGCUUUUGAUUCUUUUCUAAUGUGUAUAUGCUUUAUAGAUCUACAGCAUAUCUGUGCCUAACACCUUAAGCUAUCCUGUCUCACUGUGAUCAGGUAAAUUUAUUCUAAGAAUGUGAUUUAUGGUCAAUGCCAGUGUUUUCUUUGGGGGACUGCAAUCUAAGUAGCUAAGGUCAGUUCUGUGGGUGCUACAUGCCUGCAUGACAGACCUGCAAAAAAAUGCAGGGUCAUGGGGCUUCCCCAGCUAGCCCCAAAGCAUGGGUUGUUUUCCCGGUUGCCAAUACUUUGUACAUGUUGUCACACAUCAUUGUUUAGGGAAUUAAAAACAUUUUUCCCAUGCAAGUCCACUGGAAGAGGUCACCCAAAAGCUUGUACCUCAUUUCUCCUGAAUUUUGUCCCAUACACCUUUUCCCUUUGCUGAUUUUAGUCUGUGUCUUUUCACUACAAUAAAUGAUAACCAUAACAGCUUUUCUGAGUCCUAUGAGUCCUUCUAGUGAAUCACCAAACAUUAGGGUGUUCUUAGGGACCCCUAACAUAUCUACUUAUCUGGGAAUCUGUAAGCUUUAGUUGACCAAAACUCCAACAUAAUCUAAUUAUGCACCAUACUAAGAACAAGAUCUAGGAUCCCUUAAUGAACAAAUAAGGCUCAUUCAUUAAUUCACUAGACAAAUAUGUACUAAGCCUCAUUAUGUACCAGCCACUAAUAAUAAAUGAUGUCUUAUUCUAUCUUUGUAUUCCAAGAAGGACAUUAACAAUAUGGAGUUUGUAUAGAGAAGGGUAACCAGGAUGGUUGAUAGUUUUUUAAACCACCUGCAUUAGUCAGAAUAUAAAGGCAAACCUCACGAAAAAUGACUCAAACUAACAAGUUAAUUUUUCUCACUUAAUGUUAAGUAUGGAGGUAAGGAAUUGUUGACAUUAGUUCAACUACUCAGUGUUACCACAGGGAACAAAGUUGUUUCUAUCAUUCUACUGUAUCUUCUCCAGCAUGCUAGAUUUCAUCAUAAAGGGUAUUAUCUAAGAGAUACAAAACGCCUGCACAGUUCCAAACACUGCAAUGUCAGCUAAGUUUUCCCAGAACUCCCACAGAUAUCAAUAUACAUUUCCUUGGUUACAGCUGCCGUGAAGCCACCCCUAGUUAUGGGGAAACUAUUUUACUUGGCAAACUACCACCCCAAUUUGGGUUUCUUCUAGCAAGAUGGCAGGGGAUAUGGAUGUUGUAGGCAACAAGAGUAUAUACAACACCAUCUGUGGAAGCGAUACUUCAAUAUACUAGUGCAAGUUAAGAAAAAGAGGAAACUGAGCAUUAAGAAGGAAGGCAAUAAAAACAUAAAAGAAAAAUAAUAUUCUUGCAACUAUGCCUUUAAAAAACUGUAAGAAGUUAGGUUACAACACUUAGCUUUCAUUAUUCACAAUAGCCAGAUAUGGAAUCAACCCAGGUAUCUAUCAUUGGAUGGAUGAGUAAAGAAAAUGUGGCAUAUACACAAUGGAAUACUCUUCAGCCUUUCAAAAGAAUGCAAUCCUGUCAUUUGUGACAACACAAAUAAACUUGGAGAAUAUUAUGUUAAGGGCAAUAAGCCAGGCACAUAAAGGCAAAUAUUGCAUGAUCUCACUUACAUGUGGAAUCUAGAAAAUUUGAACUCACAGAAGUAGAGAGUAGAAUGGCGGCUACCAGGGGCUAGGGGUAGAAGGAUGGGGGAGAUGCUGGUCAGAGCACACAAAAUUUCAGUUAAGAAAGGAGGAAUACAUUUCAGAGGUCUAGUGUACAACAUGGUGACCACAGUUAAUAAUAAUGUAUUGUAUACUUAAAAAUUGCUAAGACAGUAGAUUUUAUGUUCUUAUAACAGAAAAAUAAGUAUUUGAGGUCAUGCACGUUAAUUAGCUUGAUUUAGCCAUUCCACAACUUACACAUAUUUCAAAACAUGCUGUAUGCAACAAAUAUAUACAAUUUUGUCAAUUAAAGGCUAAAUAAAUAAAUAAUUUUAAAAAAACAGCCUUCAGACUUCAAUAUUUCCAGUUAGGAAUGUGAUAUGGUUUGGCUGUGUCUCCACCCAAAUCUCAUCUUGAAUUGUAGCUCUCAUAAUUACCACGUGAUGUGGGAGGGACUCAGUGGGAGGUAAUUGAAUAAUGGGAGCAGUUUCCCCCAUACUGUUCUUGUGGUAGUGAAUAAGUCUAAUAAGAUCUGAUGGUUUUAUAAGCGGUUUACAUUUUCAUUUCAAAACGAAAAGAGAAUCUGAUGGUUUUAUAAGGGGUUUACCUUUUCAUUUCAAAAUGAAAAGAGAAUCUGAUGGUUUUAUAAGGGGUUUACCUUUUCAUUUCAAAAUGAAAAGAGAAUUCUCAUUCUCUUUUGAAAAGAGAAUGAGAAUUCUCUUCUGCCUGCCACCAUGUAAGUCAUGCCUUUUACCUUCUGCCAUGAUUGUGAGGCCACCUCAGCCACAUGGAACUCUGUGAGUCCAUUAAACCUAUUUUUCUUUAUAAGUUACCCAGUCUCCAGUAUGUCUUUAUCAGCGGCAUGAAAAUGGACCAAUACAGAAUGUGAGAACCAAGAUGUGAGGAAAGGUAAGAAGUCAAGUCAUAAAUGUCCUACUAGAUUCCACCAAACUAGGCCGUAAGAUAUUCUGGGGAAAAUAAAAGCUAGAGGGACUUAUAUCCUAUGUAAAUGAGCUGAAGAGAAACUCCUGGGUCCAUACGAGAAGUUUCCCUGUAGAUAAUCUUAGUAGAUUAGGGAGGGUCCCCAAUACUCUUCCUAUCCAAUGUCUGCCAUGCAUUCUGGGGCUUCAAAGCCAGGAAGAGGAUACAUGAACAAAGAAGAGGAAAGGGAAACAUUUACUCGAAGAAGGAACCAAGUAGAAACUUGAAAUGCAUAUUCAAAUAAUUAGGACUUGUAAUAUAUGAAAAUUAUAAACAUGUUAGAUAUUGUUUCUGAUGGUCAACUGGUGAAAUGUCAAGAGAACAGCUUUUCUCUCAGUGAAGAAUACUUGAAGAAUUAAAAAACAUUCCACCCUUAAAAGAGGUCUGUUCUGAUAUAGGAAGCAUCUUGAAACAGGAGAAAUAUGAGAGUCCAGAUAUUGGGUAUGUUCAGUUAAGGCAGUAUUACGGAAGACCCUCCUUCUUGGAUAAGAGGUUGUACAGAUGACCUACAGUUCCCUGAGACUUUACGAUCCUAUGACACUCCUUUUUAAUAUGUCCUAAAACCAAUUCUAUGAGUAAAGCUUAUGAACCAUAUAAUUGGAAGGAAAUGGAUUAAGAUGUUGACAGUGAUUAUUACUGGGUAGUUAGAUUACAGGGAUUAUAGUUUUAUACUUUUGGCUCACCUAUGUCCUCUAAAUGUUUUACAGUAAAUAUUUUAGAACACUUUAUAGAAAACUCUUUAAAGUAAAAGGAGAAAUUGUCUCCAUAUACUUCACCAGUUGGCUAUAGAUGAGCCACAAGUCUUUAAAAACACAUUAGUUUUAAGCUCUGAUGAACUGAAUUUAAAAAUAAUCAUGGCAUAAUAAUAUUGAAAAGGUAAUUUCCUGUAUAUGCUAACUCCUGGAGACAAAUAUUUUACCAUUUGUCAAGCUAAUAAUAAGAAAAAAAUCACCAUCACAGACACUUCAUUUUCUACCUCAGUUGACUCUUUCAGCUGUUUUAAAUUAAAUUUAGGGAUUGUGAUACUCAACUAUAAUAAUUAAAUGUAGGGCAGUGAAAAGACCUAAUAGUCUUAUUAUACCUGACAUUACUGAUGAAUGCUUACUUAGCAAGAAUCUCACUUCACGUUUAGUUACUUUAAGCUCAAGUUAGCUUAAAAGCAAAACAAAACAAAAGCUGAAAAUGGAGAGAAACAAAACAAUGUACGUUUUCUAUUCUAGGUGUACUGGUCUAAAAGGACAAGUCACCAUGGGUGAAGGUCCAUAAACCAACUGAACUACUACAAUGUGAACAGUUAGCAAGACUUAGGCCAACUCCACCCAACCUUGAAAGAAUGGAAAUUCAUUUUGAAAUAAACCCACGAAUGACACAGAGAGCCCGGCAUUGUAAGCACUCCAGGAAGUUUACAACAGUUUCAAGGACUUUCUAGGAAGGCCAAAAUCCAUCCUUGGCAUAGAUGAUCCUCACAGGCACCAGGAAGCAACAAGUUGUGCUCAGAACAGUCUAAAAUGAGGUAUAAACUUUUAGACCCCUUAAUUCUCUCAGUCCAGGUUUAAUGAUUAUGAGGCUUCCCCUUCCAGAGGAUGAUGUGCUCAUACUCUCUUCAUUUAGCUGGAGUUUCCUUUUACGCAGGCACUUUCCUCUUCUAUUUGUGGACUUUUUUUUCAGCAGGCUUCCCUCUAGCGGAACAGCAAGCACUUGCCAUGUUCCUUUGAGUACCCGCAGUCUGUUUUGAAUAAGGGCUCUAAUUGUUUUGAGAUUCUGACAUGAGAUACUCAUUGUUUUACACUGAUUAAAUGGCUUCUUGAUCAUUGCUCCCAGGACUGGAUGCUAACCAAAGCUUUAAGGGCAACCAAAAGAUGCCUUUGGAAUUCUUGUUCCCCACAAACAGGCACUCUUCUUUUCUUCCCAGACAAGGUGUAUGUGAAUGAGCUACCCUGACACAGAAUCCUCAGGAGGGCUUCUGUUGAGAAGCAAGUGAGGUAAUCUGUGUGGACUCUUCUCAUAUCCUCCAUGCCCAGGAUCACUGUGCCAGCCCACCAAUCCUGCCAGCCAUUCCCUACAAUUGGAACUUACCCCCACCCAGCCUCCUGCAUCACACAUUGCGUCCCCCUGGCAGGAAAUGUUCCUCAUCCUCUCUGCCAAGCCAAAGCCCCUCUGACCUCACACAUUAACUCAAAACCCAGGCUCCCCUCACUGAAGUCCCUCUUUCACCCCACCCUACCAUUGCAGAUGACAUCAUUCAUUCCCCCGUGUCUUUCAUCACUCCCACAUCAUUUUCAACAAGGACACAUAACAGUAUUUUACUUUCUGGUGGGUGACUUCAUGCCCAGAACUGGUCCCCAUCUCUGUGUAUGAGUGUGUGUCCUCUGCAAAACCAAGAGCUCUUUAACAGCAGGAGGCAUAUGUAGUGCUUGUAUAAUACUUCAAAUCAUCUUGUGCAAUACUUUGCAGGGAAGAGGCUGCUCAUUUUCAGAGGUAAGUCAGAGAGAUGCCAUAGGCUGGAAUCUUUAACGUGGGAUCCAUAUUGACAAAGCUCAAAUUGUUCAAAAGUCUCUUAUCAUCACAUUUUGCGGACUCCUCUUAAAUAUAAGAAUAUCGCCUUCUCUCAUGCAAUAGAGUCCUUGGCUACAGAUGCACGCCUGUGUGUAUAUGUAUGUAUGGAUAUGUAUGUGUAUUCAUACCAACCCCCUCCCCCCCACACACACACACAGCAAUGCAGACGUGCGGAGGAAAAAGCCCUAUCCUGGAAAGCAAGAUAAGCUGGCUAAGGUACAACUCAACCACUUAACCUGUGUACCCGUGCAUAGGUGAUUGCACUUCUCCAGCUUCAAUGUUCUCAUUUGCAAAACAGAAAAACAUGACCAAGACAUCCUAGAGAAGGUAGAGUCCAGGACUAAGGUAUCACAAUAAAAUGAAACCAUUGUUAGGAAUUUUUUAAAUGGAAAAGUUUAGAUUCGUAUUCAUUAAUAAAUACAUGAAAAAGAAAAAGAUUUUAAGACAGAUGCCUUCCCAGUAUUGUCCAAGAGAAAUAGUUCCACGACUUUUUGACAUAAAGAUGUACCAAAAUGAAUAAAAAUAAAGAAUUGUUAACACUUGUAAAACUUAGGAGGUGCCAGGAACUUUCCAUUCACUUUAGGAAUGUUUAAUCCAUUUAUAAAUCUCACCAUUGCCCUAUGAGCUAGGCACUCUUCUCAUUUUAAAGAUGGGGAAACUGAGGCACAGGGAAGUUACUGCUCUGGCUCAAGGUCACAUCGCUCAUAAGUGACAAAGCCAGGAUUCUGACUCUGCAAUGAUAAACACAUGUGAUAGAGAGAGGCUUAUGUGGACGCCCUGGGAACUUUGAACCUAGUGGGGUGGAUGAUGAAUGGGAACAGGUGCAGCCAUCAGCAUGGAUCCACCAAUCAUCUCAGCCGAGCAUCUUCUCUUUCCACCAGCCAGAGGCCACUCCUUGUUCCUUCAGCAUGAGACAGGACAUUAUGUUUCAAUAUACAAGAGCUACAGAAAGACUAAUGUAGGCAAGUUGUGGGUUACUCACAUUAUAAUUUAAUCUCCCAUGAUAAAUGGAUAAAAUGGAGUCUAACACACCAUCUAAGAAGAGAUAAAAUUCAAUGUGUCAGUAACAAUAAGAAAAAGAGGGAACUUACUGACCCACAGCAAUUAAUGUAAUAGCAUGAUUUAUUGUUCCAAGCUAUCACCAAUGAAUAAAAAACUAACUCUGUAGAGUGUAUCCCAACACUUUGCAAUCCUACUAAGUUUGUGCUAAGAGAGGUCAGGGUCAGCAGCAGGAAGUAGCUGAGAAAUUACACACACAGAUAUGCAAUGACAGUUACCAUUUUGAUUCAAAAGAGAAAAAGGAAAUGUAAAAUAGAAUUCCACUUAUUUGAAAUGAAUGUCUUAGGUUUCUUUGGAAGAGGUCUGUUUAUUAUAGAAAUGAGCCCUUCAGCCCGCCCAAGAAGUAAGUGUCAUUUACUCACACAAACGGACGAUAAAAUCCAUUCCUUUAAAGUAUACCUGGCUGCUUUCGUCAAGUUUUGUUCUUUGAGUAGGGAGAUUGUCAAUGUCAUCAAUCCUAAAGUCUAUCUAACACUAGAAAGCAUUCAGGGGAGUCACAGCCCUGUGGUAUCUAAACUGACCCACUAUACGCACAGGCUUCUUAGUGGACAGAUGGGAAAAAAAAGUGCAUAAAAUUUUCUACUGUCAUUUAGUGGCAUUUUAUGUCCUUAUUUGGUUAGAUGACAACAUAAUAAAAGCUAGGUACUAUCUAAAUUAAACCCUUAUAUCAUCUCCCCUAACACCCAAAUUAACUAUGGCAAAUGAACUGUCAUCUUAAACAUCACAUCUCUAUAUGCAACAUUAGCUCAUACUGUAAAACUUCUGGUUCUUCCGCAGAAUCCAUUCUCCCGUCUUCCACAAGGCUAGUUUAAGCUGCACACACGCUGCCAGCAGAAGGCCGCAUUUCCCAGACUCAACUGCAGCUGGGUGUGGACACGCAACUCCGUCUGGGGCAAGAGGAUGUGAAUGGAAAUGAUGUCUAUGUCUGGGUCACUGUCAACCUAUAAGCAAGCCACCAGCACUGGAGUUCUUUUGUUCUCCCUGUAAACUGGGAUAUAUAUGUGCAGAAGGUGCCACGGAAGGUAAUGGGCCAAGAAGACAGAAGCGGCCUUCACCCUGGAUGACUUACAGAGAGGAGCCCCAUGUGAAAUCCAGACUGCUCACCGCUCACCUCCAACCUACUAUGUGAAUUUUUUUUUUUUUUUUGAGACAGAGUCUCACUCUGUCGCCCAGGCUGGAGUGCAGUGGUGCGAUCACGGCUCACUGCAAGUUCCACCUCCCGGGUUCACGCCAUUCUCCUGCCUCAGCUUCCGGAGUAGCUGGGACUACAGGCAUCUGCCACCACACACAGCUAAUUUUUCUGUAUUUUUAAUAGAGACGGGGUUUCACCGUGUUAGCCAGGAUGGUCUCGAUCUCCUGACCUCGUGAUCCACCCGCCUUGGCCUCCCAAAGUGCUGGGAUUACAGGCGUGAGCCACUGCGCCCAGCCUACUAUGUGAAUUUUUAAAAAUCCUUUCAUUUACUGUAUUUCUAUGGUCUCUCGUUAAAGCAGCUGUUUUACUCUAACUAAUAAACUCAGUGAAAUCUGGCAUUAGUUAAUGCCAUUUACCCUAACUUAAAUCCUCUGUAACAGUGUGGUCCAAUAGGACUUUCUCAAUGAUGGAAAUGUUCUAUCUGUGCCACCCAUCAGGUGGUCACAUGUGGUAGUAGAGCCCUUGAAAUGUAGCCAGUGUCCUGGAGAAUGCAAAGUUAAAUUUCAUUUACACAUAACUAAUUUAAAUUUAAAAGCCACAUGUAGCUAGUUGCUAGUUGCCACCGUAUGGGACAUUGUAGUGUCUGAAACAUUUAAAAUUAUGAAUGUCAAACACCUAUGAAGACCCACUAUUGUCACUGAAACAUCCAUAUCUCAUCCCUUAGAGUUUUUGCUAGAAUGUUGUAAGAGUUAUACAGAAUUUUCUCAAAGUAGAAAGAGACUUUGGGCUGAGACUAAAGUAUGAAGUGUUUAGAGUUGCACUGGCAUUUUAAAGCUGACAGUAGCUUAUAUUUCAACAAGAACACCUGGGGUUCUUUCACACGAUCAUCAUAAAACUAUACUCAGCAGAUUGCUUUUGUUGAAGAGCUCAAUGCAACACAGGCAGCAGCGAUCAGGCUAACUAAUAAGUUACUAUUUUUAUUCCAUUACACAGAGACCUGGGGCAGUAAAACCUAAGUCAGGGAUAUCUGGAAUAUUUUCUGAACAGUUUGGGGGCUCCUUUUGUAAAACUUCACAUUAGAGAGGUCGAGUAUGCAUUUGCAUUUUAAAACACUACAAAAUUCCAAGAAACCUCUUGUGUUAGAAGGGAGACAAAUGUCAUUUGGAGCAUCAAUCUGAAACAUGUAACUGAAGCUCUGAAUACAAUUAUGAGAAACAAAUAAACCAAACUGGGCACACUGCCCAGAAACACCCGUCAAAUACAUACAGAUUUUGGAGACAGACAGAAGAUGGUGGGGCAGGGGUUGUGGGGGACAAAAGGGGACUAAACAGGGAGGAUAAGGAAAAGGGAGAAGGGGGAAACUACGGUGACGGCAAGGGAGGGGCAGGAGAGACCCACUAGAGCUGGAAGAAUAAUAAAAUAGUAAUGAAGGAGCCAAUCAAACUGAGAAGUCAUGCCCAAAGUUUUAAAUGUAUUCACAAAAGCCCUCAUUUAGGCAUUCCCAUGGGAGACUUACAUAGACACGUAUAAAAUUUACAUGGCACUUGCCCCAGAUGAGUGUAUUCAUAAUCUUAACAAAUGGACACCCCAGCCUCCAUUUUUGGAUGAAAUAUAACAGCAAUGAAAACGGUAUUUUCUAAUUACUAUUAAAAGCUUCAGAUGAAUCUGCAUCUUUGCUCAGUACAAAGAAAUGUAUAGUUGUUUAAGGAUUUAAUUUAUCCAACAUAAAGCAAGAACAAAUCGAGGAAAAUAAAUGCAGGUCCAUCAUCCCCCUUAGGCUGUAAGUACACGCAGGAGAAGAGGCACAUUCUUUCAAGGGAAUUUGGGAGUUUCUUUAUCCUUCUUUUUCCAACAAGAGCAUUGCACUUACUCAUCUUCACAUCUUGGAUCUAAACACUUCAGCGUCUCGAUAGUUUUAAGUUAAAUGAUAUAAUCCAAAGAGGAGUAGGCUCUGUGUUCUCAAAAUAGACAGCUAAAGUUUGUUUCCCAAAGUGAAAGCAUCUAAAUCUAUAUAACCACUGCCCAAAUACACAAUGCAGAGUAAUGGACAAGGGCUAGACUAGACAAUGCAGCUUCCAGUUCCAACUCUGACGUAAGUUAAAUCAUGACAAUACCAGUCACACCCUAUUUAAUCAACACCAAGCUCCACCAUCUCUCACUACUCAUUUAAUACCUUCAUUUUACAAUCAAUAAUCUUACAAUCACUAUGAGAAUUCUGCUAUAAUGUGUGAAACCUUCCAGUCAUGUUUCUAAGAUCAAGAAAGCAACAGCAUCAAAGCAUCUUAGAUUUGCUGAAUUGCAGAUCAUAGUAAACCAAUAAGCAGUGUUUGCUAUGUGCCAGGCAUUAUAACUUUGUAUUUACUAAUUCAUUUCACCCCCGACAACUCUUGGAGGGAAGAACUGCUUUUGACUCCCUUUUCCAGAUGCAAAAAUUGAGGCACAGACAGGUUAAGAAACUUGCACAAGAUCAGGCAACUAGCAGUCAGUCCAGCUAGUUUGAAUCCUGGGAAGUCUGGCAUCCAAGUCUGCUCUCAGCAGCUACACUCUCUGUUGUAACUCAUAUGGGAUUUUGCAAAACUCUUUCAUGCCUUCGGUACCUGGGCUUCUUGUUAGUCCCCAAAACAAGAGUACUGAACUAGGUCAUUUAUAGAUGGCUGUCCUGCUUUAAAACUUAGGUUUCUCUGAUACAAAUGAAAGCAUGCCACAACCCCUGGAAGACAGGACCAGAUUAUUAAAGAAAGAAAUGACACUUUAAUUUUAAUUGUAUUUUUUAAAUUCCUUGCAGAAGGAUUUUGUAUUUCUUUCAAUUUACAGAAAAAACAUAACUGGAAAAAACUGAGGCAUUUUUGUUCUUUGCUAAAUAAAUGUAAUUUUAAAUAAAGCAAAUAUCGGAAAUAUUUCCCAUUAGGAAACUUGAUCACUACUUAUGUAUCACCUUUUAAUUCAGCUAUCUUUUUCAAUUUUGGAAGUGUUGGAUUUAGUGAACUAACUAAAACUACAGGAUAUAAACGUGCCAGAAUCUGGCAUAUAGCAUGUAAUUUGAUCUUGUGCCUACUGAAAUAGUGCACACAUACAUAUAAACCAUACACACACAUACCCACAAUAUAAAUAUAAUUCUAUUUCCCAUUGAAUUGAGGACUCUCAGAACAAUGAAAUUCCCCCCCACCAACUUUAGAACUAUUAAAAAGUUCAUUAUGGUAUGAAACUGUUAGAAGCGUGUGAACCAGAGUAACUCCAUCUUGAAUAGGAGCUGGGUAAAAUAAGGCUGAGACCUACUGGGCUGCAUUCCCAGACGGUUAAGGCAUUCUAAGUCACAGGAUGAGACAGGAGGUCGGCACAAGAUACAGGUCACAAAGACCUUACUGAUAAAACAGGUUGCAGUAAAGAAGCCAGCCAAAACCCACCAAAACCAAGAUGGCCACAAGAGUGACCUCUGGUUGUCCUCACUGCUACACUCCCCGCACCAGGACAGUUUACAAAUGCCAUGGCAACAUCAGGAAGUUACCCCAUACGGACGAAAAACGGGAGGCAUGAAUAAUCCACCACUUGUUUAGCAUAUCAUCAAGAAAUAACCAUAAAAAUAGGCAACCAGGAGUCCUCAGGGCUGCCCUGUCUAGGGAGUACCAUUCUUUUACUCAUCUACUUUCUUAAUAAACUUGCUUUCACUUUAAUGUAUGGACUCGCCCUGAAUUCUUUCUUGUGAGAGAUCCAAGAACCUUCUCUUAGGGUCUAGAUCUGGACUCCUUUCCUGUAACAAAAUGGGAUAGGAAACUACUAACCAGAGUGCUACCUCCAUUACUACCAGGUCUGUCUUCAAAUCACACCAAUACACUAUUUCUCCUCCUCCUAGGAAUGUCCAAAUUUGCCAUAACAUAAGGGCAGCUCAAACUCUUUCUCAGAUCUUUCAUGCAAUUAGUUACCCACAAAGGAAAACUUCACAAAAAAUAAGUCACAUUCUAACUUCCUUCCGUCAAAUGGUGAUCUGAAGGGAUUCUCCAAAGGAGGAAGAAAUAGAGCAUAACUUUGCUCUCCUGUGACAACUUCUUUGAGCUAUAGACAGGAAGUUCCUGUCUCAAAAAUUAAUUUCAACAAGAAUUUUUUUUUUUUUUUCAGUUUUCUAAGUCUCUGGCAGAAUAUAUUCAUAAGCCAACUCACUAGUUUCCUGGACCACAUCAGGAGAAUUUAAAAAUAGUGCAAAGUAAGAAUUUGAGGUUGAUACCAACUUCACUACUUUACAAAGGAGACUUUGGUGAGACAGCCAGUCUUGGAAGUAGCAGGGCCCAGAUUCUUUUUUUUUUUUUUUUUUUUGAGAUGGAGUCUUGCUCUGUCGCCCAGGCUGGAGUGCAGUGGCACGAUCUCGGCUCACUGCAGCCUCCGCCUCCCGGGUUCCAGCGAUUCUCCGGCCUCAGCCUCUCAAGUAGCUGGGAUUACAGGCACACGCCACCACGCCCAGCUAAUUUUUGCAUUUUUAGUAGAGACAGGGUUUCACCAUGUUGGCCAAGCAGGUCUUGAACUCCUGACCUCAGGUGAUCUGCCCACCUCAGCCUCCCAAAGUGCCAGGAUUACAGGCAUGAGCCACCACGCUCCACCACAGGGCCCAGACUCUAACUCAUGCUGGCUGGCUCUGAAGUUGCUUAAACAGCAACUCCCACUGUAUGCUCUUCUGGCUUCCUCACCGGACUGCAAGUUCCUAGCGACAAGUAAACAUUUCAUUCGUCAUUGUUUCUCGUGGGCGGGCCAAACAAGCGCUGACACAUAGAAGGAGAUUAACAAAUAUGUGCAAGCCAAAGGAAUUAAGAAAGGAAUGAACAAUUUAGAUGAACAAAUGCCCAAGUGUAUCGGUCCCUGAAAAAUCCUCUUGGAUCCUGGGUGGGAUGUCUCAAGGAGAGACUAAGGGCCUGAUUCACUCUCCCGGCCUCAACAACCAAAUUCAGGGAAACUCAGGUCAAACAGAAAGUUAAGGUUCAGGAGCCAAUGUCGCACCCAAUUGCCCAAGCCAAAGUCCUCUACAGGAGGAUGGAGACCUCUAGAAUCUUCCAUCUUCUCAAUCCCUUCACCAAUUAGUCACCAAGUCCUGUAGCUUCUACCUUCAUUUCUCCCAUGAAAGCCUCACCCUCCUCUUCAGGCAUUAUAUCCCAGCCACAAUUCAAACGUUCUCCUGCUCUCCGUAAGCUGCCUUUCC